CUCGCCUGUUGCCAUGGCAACGUUAGCCUGGCUGGUGCCCCAGCCAUCAGCUGAGCGGAAGUGACGUGUGAACGCGGAAGUUUUGCUCUGCUUAUUUGGCCAUGGAGUCCGAGGAGCACAAGGUGAGUGCGCUGUCCCCGGGGUAGUUACUAUAGGGCGAUAGCGGUCACCUUCCCGCCCCAGCCGAGGCAGUGAGGGGAGCCUGGGCUUUGUCUGUUGUCGCAGAGCUGACUCUCAGUGUGGCAGGUUACACGGUGUCCAGCAGAGGGGGCUGUGAUGAAGGCCUGUGACAGCCAUAGCCUUAUUAAUAAACACAUCCAGCAGCUGACCAGGGGUCUCGUGAUGUACUACAGGCUGGGCUGCCAGACCCACCAUGGUUACCUGGACCCCCCCUAGCUUGCUUUCUAUGAGGAUGAAAAGAGCUGCCCCCCUGUAAAGUGAAUAGGGAAGGUGCAUGAUCCCUUCUUAAAGGACCACUAUAGUGCCAGGAAAACAUACUUGUUUUCCUGGCACUAUAGGGUCUCUAGGUCACCAACCCACCAUUAGGGUCCCCCUCCCGCCGGGCUGAACGGGGAGGAAGGGGUUAAACAAUCACCUUUCUCCAGCACUGGGCUCUCUCGGCGCUGGGGAACUCUCUGCCUCCUUUCCCGUCAUCGGCUGAAAGCGCAUGCGCGGCAACAGCCGCACGCGCAUUAAGCCAGUCUCAUAGGAAAGCAUUCUUAAUGCUUUCCUAUGGACGCUGGCGUCUUCUCGCUGUGAAAAUCACAGUGAGAAGCGCGGAAGCGCCUCUAGCGGCUGUCAAUGAGGCAGCCACUAGAGGCUGGAUUAACCCAUAGGUAAACAUAGCAGUUUCUCUGAAACUGCUGUGUUUACAGCAGAAAGGGUUAAUCCUAGAUGGACCCGGCACCCAGACCACUUCAUUAAGCUGAAGUGGUCUGGGUGCUUAUAGUGGUCCUUUAAUUCACAAGUAGAUAUUUUACCUGUAGAGUCUUAAUUUACACACACACAGCAUCUGUUUAACUCCUUAAGGACCAAACUUCUGGAAUAAAAGGGAAUCAUGACAUGUCACACAUGUCAUGUGUCCUUAAGGGGUUAAUAAGUCCUUCCCACCACAUGUUUGUGAUAUGUUUGUCCAGGAAGAUGUGGUGGAUCUGGCAACCCUGACCACAUCAACCAUAUCCAUCAUAACCUUGUUUGAGUUAUAGUCACAGAUAUAAAUUAUAAAGUUUUCAACAUAUCUAUCAAGUUACUCUGUGAGGUAGUGGUCGCUGUACACCUGAUUUCUCAUUUGCUGUGCAUUAUAAACAAUGUUACGUAAUCAAUGUGGAAUGUACAUGUAAUAAUAUUAUUUUUGGCACCUGUAAAGAGCUGCGGAAUACGUUGAAGCUGUACAAUAGUGUAAAAGGGGAACGUUUAACAAUAAAUUAGACAAUUACAAAAUAUUACAGGAACGAUAGGUUGAUGUGGACCCUGCUCGAACGAGCUUACAGUACUUGAUUAUAAAGUGUCAUGGGUAACACUGUCCAGAAUCAUUGAAAUGCUGAAUGUUAGCCAUCACUAUUGUAGACUGACACUCCCAAAUACCACAGGAAACCCAACAGGUGACCUAGUUUUGCAAAGGUACAUCUGACAAAUCAGUGGUUAAAUGGCAUAGCAUUAUGCAAAAUAUAGUCCAGUCAUGUAUCAGUUAUUGGACACAAAUAUUUUAGUAUGGACAUAAUAGCUAGUUUGGAAAAAAAUCUAGAAGUUCACUAUGUAUUUAAUUUGGGUAUAAAGCCAUAACAUUUUAAAUUUGCAUUUGAGUUACCAUCAAUUCGCACUUUAGUGAAUAAGGCUGUUAGAGCCAAAGAUUAUCCAUUGCUGCAAGUAAUUCUGACCACUAACUUUGUUUCAAAAACUUUUUUUUUUUUUUUUUUUUUAUGUGGCAAGUCAUGUAUGUAUCUUGCCUUCAGUAUCUUAAUAUUUACCGUGUGACUGCUCAUGGAAUUAGAAAUGGUCAGUAGUUCUGGAAAUCCCCUUAUAUUCUACUUCAUCUUUUAAUAUUUUUUGUUAUCUUUUCAUGUGAACUUGUAUUUUGUUGCCCUGAAUUCAUUAUGUGGUUUUUAAUGCAAGGAGAAAUCAGUUGGAUUUGUAAAAUUUCAGAUAGUAAAAUAAUAUUGGCAAUUUUAUAUUGAUACAAAUGAAGAAACCAUUUUCAAUGUGUAUGCUGUUGUAUGUGCUUUAAAUUUAGUUUAAAACCAAAGCAAUCUCACCCCUCCCCUCACUCCCCCACCCCCCCCAAAAAAGGAAAAAACAACUCCCGGUGGAUGGAUUGAAGAACUCUGCUUUGAAUAUUAUUCAGAUUUUGGUAAAAGUGUAUUUUAGCGUAUUUUAUUAUUUGCCGUUUCGUUCAGCUGUGAUUAAGUGGCACAAUAAGCAAAAUAACUAACUCGAAAUAAUAAAAUACGCUAAAAUACACUUUUACCAAGAUUUUUGUUCUUUUGCCUGUGAUUUACAUGGAUAAAACGCAUUUAUUUAUAAAAUAUUUUACCGGGAAAGAUACAUUGAGAUUUCUCUUGUUUUCAAGUAUGUCCUGGGUUACAAAACAUUCCAUUGUUACAAUAGGAUACAAUAUUACAAAAAUACAAUAUACAAACAAUAUAUAUAUAUAUAUAUAUAUAUAUAUAUAUAUAUAUAUACACAUACACAAAUAAAAGGUAAUAAAUAUAUUCAGCCAUGACAGGUGGAUUCUGUAUUGAGGUAUAUUGCCAUAGAUCUCUUAAAAGAUUUUAGAUUGAAUGAAGAUUUGACUGUGUCCCUGAGGUUAUUCCAUAAUUGUGGUGCUUUGUAGGAAAAUGAGGAUCGAGCCACUUUAUUUUUUUUAUUGUGGUAUGUUAAAUAUCGUGCUGGUACUGGAUUGGAAAUUAUAGGAGGUGGGAACAGCUGGUGAGAGCAUUCUACUCAAGUAGGGUGGGAGCUUCCCAGAAAAGCUCUUAUGCACAAGGCUGGAAAGAUGAAGAGUGCGUCAGGAUUCCAGCAAUAGUUGGUUUAGCUCUUUUAACAUGUCACAAUGGUGGAUAAAGUAAUUACAUUCUUGAACAAUUGGCAGAAUGAAUUAUAUAACGUAUUAAGUUUAUUACGGUGGGUUGGCGGUGCGGGUGCAUACACUACAUCCACAUAAUCAAUGACAGGCAUUAGCAUUUGUUGCACUAUCUGUUUCCUUAUUGUAGGACUUAGGCAGGAUUUGUUUCUGUACAAGGCACCUAGUUUUGGAUAAUGUUUUGAAGAGAGUUUUUCAAUGUGAAGGCCAAAGGAUUGAUUGGGGUAUAGCAACAUACUUAGAUAUUUGAAAGAACAGACUAAGGUCAGUGUGCUAUUUGAAUUUGUUCUGAGACACAGUUGUUGAUUUUGUAGUUUACGUAAUUUAGGUACAGUUUCAAAGAUCAUUGUAACAGUUUUGUCAGUGUUUAAGAAGAGUUUGUUAACCGCUAUCCACUUUUCUACAUCUGUGAAUUGGUUUUGAAGAUUGGGUUUACUAGCGUAGAUUACUGUCUCCUGCAUACCUGAUAAAAUAGAGUAAUGAUGUGGUUUUGUAUGGUCCAGUUAAUGCAUUUAGAUUCACAAAUGUGCAAGUGAGACUUGUGCAGGCCUUUAGAUUCCUCAAAUGUACUGUGAUUUAUUUCCAUUUUUUGAAUUGUAUACUUCUAUGCAAAAGGUGUGCAGUAAGUAUUUUAGCGAUGAAUAUGUCUUCAUGGGCUAAAACAUAUUGCAGUCUAGAUCUAUUUUUUCUUUUUUUGUAUAGGGCAUCAACUGGAAUAACACUAUUGAUUUACUAAGGACUUGAAAUAUGUAGCCUGGUUUUAGGAGCUUGUCCAAAAAUCUAACCACACCUUUCACAGUGUCCAUCACCCUUUCCAUACCAAUAUGAAAUAAAACUGAUGAGAGCCACGUCACUGACACAACUUAUCUUUCAAAUUACACCCAUAACACUUACAACACCCACAUUACACACCUUUAAGCCAACAAACAAGCUCAAUCCAUAUAUAUACAUUCUAGUACCGUUUUUAUAUAUGUUGUGGGUAAAAUGCAUUCAUAAUGGAGUGUCAUAUUUGUGUGUGUGGUUUCAAACUGUGAAAAGAUAAUAAAAUAUCUGGUGUAUAUUAAUUAUAUCACAAGGUAACAGUGGUAUGGUCUAAUCCAGUGAUGGCUAUCCUUGACACCAUAAAUUGUUUCUGGACUACAUUUCCUUGAUACUCAGCUAACUUUUAGACUCUAAAAGCUAGAUGAGCAUCAUGGGAAAUGUAGUCCAGAAAAAUGUAUGAUGUCAAGGAUAGCCAUCACUGGUCUAAUACUUUGUUCUGAAGCAAAAAUGUACAUUUUAAAAUAAUUAGUAAUUAGAAUUAGUUUCUUCAUUCUUUACACAAAUAAAAAUGUGACGGAGUGGGCAAAAGUUUGGGGAUUUUCCUGCCAUUUUAGUUUUGUUGUUAUUUUAAAGCUUUCAUUUUAACGACACAACGAAUAUUCAGUUAGAGACAAUAGAAGCAAAAAAACAAAGCACAAAAUCAUUUGGACUACAUCAAAUUUGUGUUCCGGUUUUCAGUGAAAUAGACUGAAAUUUGGAACAGUAAUCAUGGAUUUUGAUUGGAAAUUCAUUGAUAAUAUAAUAAAUUAGAGGGCCAUUAAGCAGCCUGCUGUGCUGGUUACGGUGCUAGCAUGCCCCUGGCACUGCCCUCCACAUUAACAAUACACAUUUUUGUCUAAUUUUGGUUGGUCAUUGCCUGACACUUAUUCAGUGUAUACAGUCCAAAUAUGGAUGGAAAAUGAUAUUGCUAAUGCAGAAGUGUAACUGCCACAGUUCCAAUAGCGGAGUGUGGGACGGCGACAUUGGAGGACCCUGAGUCUGUCAUAGGGUUAGAAAACUGUUUGACGCAGAACAGGGAGCUUGCUGGCACUAUAACCACUGCAGCUUGUUGUAGUAGUUAUGGCGCUCAGAAUGCUUAUCUAAUGGCCAUGUAUUCUAUUAAAUAUAGACUUCAUUCAAACCAAAUGUGCAUUAUAUAUAAAUGUUACUUGAGUUUGUCCCAAAGGUUUCCUUCUCAUAUGUAACAGCAUUAGGGUUACACCCUAAAGUACAGGGUUCAAAAUCCACGGCACAACUUCAUUUCAUCUAGGAAUUAUCACAGAGUAGAAAAAGGAAAAGUGUAUAGUUCUCUACACGGCAGCAAACAAUGGUUCAUAGUUGUACACACAGAUCAUGCUGGGACAAAGCAUUGCUGGGCUGUCUUUCAUUCCUUUAUUGGAACAUAGGUAUGUUGUGGUUGAUUGUCUUGUGGGAGAGUUUUAAUGUAUAUUGACUAAAUUAUACCUAAUUUCUUCUGCCCAUUCAUAGGUUAUAUUUGAAAAACAUGGCGUCUUUCUUCACACCAGUGCAAAGCGGCAUAAUGAUCAGGACUCCAUGAUCCCUGGGAUUCUCCGUAUCAUUGAAAAGGUGAAUAGAAUUAAAGAAACACUAUAGAGUCAGGAACACAAAUGUAUUCCUGACCCUAUUCUGUUAGAAACUCUAUCUUGCCCUCCUGCUAUCCGUUACCCUCUAAAUAUAGUAAAAUCUUAAUCUUUAUUCCAGUUUUAAGAUAUAUAUAUAUAUAUAUAUAUAUAUAUAUAUAUAUAUAUAUAUGGAACAAAUUGAGAGCACUCAUUGGAUUUAGUAAACAAAAAAUAUAUAUUAAAUCAAACGCAUAUAAAUCAACGUUUCGACCGUCUAGCGGUCUUUAUCAGCUCUCAAUUUGUUCCAUUUGUAUAUUUUGCUCCGGAGAGGCACCUGGUCAUUGCUGAAUUAAUGCUUUUGCUAUGGGAUGAGUGCCAGAAACUAUUGUGAUUUUUAUAUAUAUAUAUACACACACACUGUAACAGGGAAGUAUAAAAUAGGGGGUUAUAAGAUACACAAAGUGAAAACAGGAGAAAUACAACCCGAGAAUCAGGAUAAUAUGGAGAUGGUGUACGAUCUGUUGCUUGUUGAUCGUAUGCAUUCCACCGAGGAACACAAUAUCUGGAUCUGGCGUAAGGACAGUCUUAUGCGUUCCUCUGUGGAACGCAAGCCGGAACUUCAUGUUCCGGCUUAAAUGUGAGAAGAUGAUGAUUCAGUGUCCCCACACGAGCAGUGUAACACUGAAUCUCACCAUGCACAAACAAUACUAUAGGAACAUAGUUCCUAGGUAAAUUGAAAUAUAUGCUGGUGGGAUGACUAGCAUACCAUAGGCAGAAGUUAUAUGUACUAUAUAAUAAAGAAAAAAUAUAUAACAUGGUCAUAUGGGAGACCAUAAAAAUGAGAUUAGAAAAAAAGGAGCAAUAAUGAAUAGGAAAUAUAAUAAAAAUAAAUAUACACAAAUGAAAAAAAAAAUAGGGAAUGGGAAAAAAUAAUAAACAAAUUAUAAAAAGGGGCAAAUACAUCUGGGGUCCAAAAAAUGUGGAUAUUGCAAUGCAUACGAUCAACAAGCAAUACCUGGAAGCCCCAGAUGGACUGCUAUUUAAACCAGGAGGUCUUUGAUAACUCCAUAUCCCUGAUGAAGUCACUUCAUGACGAUAAAGCGGUUUUAUUUGGACUUUUAUUGCAUUUGUUUUAUGUCCAUUUUAUUUGUAUUAUCGUCCAGCAUACGAUACUUCACCUCCCAUCUGCCUCCUUGGUUGACAUGGUCAGAAGUGAUGAACUCAGGUAAUCAUUGGAUUGGCUUAGAUUGUCAAUUCUGAUGAUCUCAGCCAAGGAGGCGGGCCGUGAGCAGAGCUUAAAAACGGCUUUGGACAAUAAGAAUCUCCUCAUAGAGAUGCAUUGAAUCAAUGUAUCUCUAUGAGGAAAGUUUGGUGUCUCCAUGCAGAAGGUGAAUGACAGUGCACCUCUAGUAGCCAUCUGAGGAGUGGCCACUGCAGGUGUCCCUAGGCUGUAAUGUAAACAUUGCAUUUUCUCUGAAGCAGAAAGUAAAAAGCCUGCAGGGACUGACUAUACUCACCAGAACAACUACAACUGUGAGCAGCUGCAUGAUGUAUUUAAAAUAGAACUAUCAUAGUCGUCAAUUUGUGUAACGUUUUCUAUGUUCUAGGAGUUUCCAUUCUUCCCAACAUUUAGAUUGUUCAAAGAGGGACACUUUCAUUUUAACUUGUGUGGCUAGAGAGAAGAGAUUCACAAGCAUUUUAGGUAAUUUCAUAACCGGUUUAUGGAACUGAAAAAGUAAUUUUCAGUAAGAAAAGUAUUUUAUUUAAACACAUUUACCGGAGCUUUAAAUACCAAAUUGUAAUGAACAGAAAAUCAAAUAGCAAAAUGUAUUCUUAAAUACCCAAGCUGUGACUAUAGCAAAGUCAAAUCAGAUUCUUUGCAAUUGGAUUUUCAAUUGGUGUUUAGUGAAUAACCCCCAAGAUUUAAUGGCCGAUUCCUGUAUACGUUUUACUCAUGUGGACCUCUAUUAUAUACUCUUAUGUACCAAAAUUCAGAGCUCCUGUGAAAAGGGAUCAAUUCACUAUAGGAUCAUAGUUACAUACGCUGAAAAGAAACAUAUGUCUAUCAAACACUACCUUCCUUAAAUCUGUUUUUUGCUGUUGAUACUAGGAAAAAAUCUUGACCCCAGAAUGGCAGUCAGAUUUAUCCUUGGAUCAACAAGCUAUUACUCUACUGUUGAAAAAUUAUAUAAUUGAAUAUUAUGUUUUUGCAAGUAUGCAUCUAGUUGCUGUUUAAACAUUUGUACAGACUGAUAAAACCACUUCUUCAAGCAGAGAAUUCCACAUCCUUAUUGUUCUUACAGUACAAAAAAAACAACAACCUUUUCUUUGCCUUAGACUAAAUCUUCUUUCUUCCAGUUUUAACGCAUGACCUCGUGUCCUAUGUAUAGUCCUGUUUGUGAAUAGAUUUCCACACAGUGGUUUGUAUUGGCCCCAAAUAUAUUUGUACAAUGCUAUCAUAUCCCCUCUGAGGUUUAAAUUUGUUAACCUUUCUUCAUAGCUAAAAUGCUCCAUUCAUUCUAUUAAUUUUGUAGCCCGCCAUUUUUUCUAGUGCCAUAAUAUCCUUCUUUAGAACAGGUGCCCAAAAUUGCACAGCAUAUUCAAGAUGCGGUCUUACCAGUGAUUUAUAAAGAGGCAAAAUUAUAUUCUCAUCCCGAGAAUGAAUGCCCUUUUUCAUGCAUGAUAAUACCGUACUGGCCUUAGCCACUGCUAAUAGACAUUGCACAUUGUUGCCUAAUUUGUUGUCUAUAACAAUUACCAAAUCCUUCUUGUGUGUUGUUAUCCCUAAUUCACUACCAUUUAGGAUAUAAGUUGCUUGUGCAUUCUUUACGCUGAAGUGCAUAACUUUGUAUUUUUCAACAUUAAAGGGAUACUGUAGUCACCAAGACCACUUCAGCUCAAUGAAGUGGUCUGGGUGCCAGGUCCCUCAUGUUUUAACCCUGCAGCUGAAAACAUAGUUUCAGAUUAAAGGUGUUUUAACCUGUUCAGCGCCACAGGAGUGGGACCCUGAGGAUGGGGGCACCGUCAGGGCACUAUAGUGUCAGGAAAACCGCUUAGUUUUCCUGACACUAUAGUGAUCCUUUAAAUUUCAUCUGUCAUUUGAGUGCACAGUACCCCAGUCUAUCAAAAUCCCACUUCAGCAAAGUAAUAUCUUGCUCACAUUGUAUUACUUUACUGAGUUUUGUGUCAUCUGCAAACACUGAAACAUGACUUUCAAUGCUUUUUUCAAGAUUAUUUAACAUGUUAAAUAGAAGGGGUCCCAGACCAGAACCCUGAGGGACACCACAUGCCAACUCUGUACAGCUUGAAAAUUUACCAUUAAUGAGAACUCUCUGUACUCUAUUUUUAAGCCAAUGCUCUACCCAAGAACAAGAACUUUCAUCUAUACCAAUUUCUUUGAGUUUGAACACUAAUCUAUUGUGUGGAACUGUAUCAAAUGCCUUGACAAAAUCCAAAUAGAUCACAUCCACUGAUACACCCUGAUCUAUACUUUAACUUCUUCGUAGAAUGCAAUUAAAUUAGUUUGACAUGACCUAUGCCACAACCAUUGCUAGUGACAGAUCCUCCUUAAGUCAACUUUGGCAUUCCCUGUAAGAUAACAUAGUCCUGCUAUGUCUUAUUAUAUAUUUUGUUUGUGUUGGAAAUUAAAUUAAAUUCCAUCACAGUCAACAUGAGUAUUUUGGUCGACUUUCGGGGGUUCCUGUGCGUACACUGAUGAACGCUCCCCCUAGCUUUUAAGGAAUUAAUGCUUCCCUUGUACGGUAGUUCCUUACUCCAGUACGCUGUUCUGCUAACUGGUUGGGAAGUCGGACAGGCAUCCUAUCUCCCAAGACAACAGUUUAACUUGUGUGGUCUGUAUCUGUAGGUGUUUUCAUUUUGAAAUCUGUCUGGUCUAUCUAUCUCUUUAUUUUUAAGGAAAAAUAAAAGAUUAAGGGGGGGCGGAGCUUGCAACUCAACAUGAACGGACGCCAUAUCUAACAGCUCCCAGACCACAUACACUAAAUCCACAAUAUAUCCAACUUUCCAGAACCCAUGCAGCCACAACACACGCUCAGACGGCAACAGCACAACAAGCUGCACCUUUCGAUGCCGUUCUUCCAGCCUCAGAAGCUGCAGAAGCAGAAACACAAGGUCGGGGCCUACCACGCACCAUCAAGCCUGGGCCUCGAGGAAAUCCUGCACGGACAUCUAGCGAAACACAUCGACCUGACGUACCCGCUGAACAUUCCAGACAUACCGGAACACACCCCGGCUAUGGGAAGCCGCUCCCAAAGGCACCAAGGUACCGGAGACAGGGAUAUAGGGGCCAUGUUUCAAAAGCCCGCCCUUACCCGACCGGCACCUACGGCAGCGCCGCCGGAGCAUAACCAGGCACCCUCCCAUACUCAGCAGCGCCCAGACCAACCGGGGAGCCCCCACAUAAACCAACCAGACAGGGCGGCAGGGCAGGGACCCGACCUCCAAGGGCACUCUCAAACGCAACAGCCCGAAAUGCCACACACCCAGGCAUAGCAGAGCCAAGACUCACUGAGGUACCCCCAAGCAACACAGCAGUACAGAGCACAAAACCCAACUCAGCCCAGACCUACCUCACCCAGAUGCCCAUAAACAACACAAUCACCAACACUGGAGACGGAGGAUGACUCUGCCCCAACCACAAAAAGGGAUCUGAAAAUCUUGCUGGCAGACAUCCACAAAAUCUUGCCAGCACACUCAGCAGUCCUCAAGACAGAAUUAAGCAAGGUCACAGAAAGGGUGAGUGCCACAGAAAAGGUGGUUUUCGCAUGGCUAUAUAAAGCUGCCCAAUCUUAAUAAGUGGACCAUUCAAUUUGCAUAGUGUCCACAAAGACCACGUUGCAAAGAUGGAAGAGUGUAGCAAUUGUCCUUUAAAGUGUUAAAAAAGGAACUUCCAGUAUUCAAAGAUGUGCUCUAGUAGACAACUACUCCAUUUGUUUUCCAAAAUAGGUUUUAUUAUUUUGUUUUCAAGCUACAAUAUACUGUAUACAGUAAAAAUGCAUUGUACAAUGAGACGGACAUCUGACUUCCAAUUCAAAUUUCAAAUGUUCCAUACUUCCAAGUGCGUGGCAUGUGACUGUGUGUGCAUUAUUCUGCCUUCUGCUCCAAGAUGAUUGUUUUUAGUAAUAGGAAGCAAGAAAUAUCAAGCACAUAAAAAAAUGUUCCUUCUUCUUUUGACUACUUUGUGACAGAGGCCAGCACUCCGCUUGAGUGUCUAUGCCAACGGUCCCUCUCUGCCCGUACUGGACACCUGGAGUGAUUACAGCUGUUAUAACUGUCUCACCUAAAACCAGAUGAGACGUAGUAAAUAGUGAAAAAGAACUAGUUUAUUGAGAACAAGCCACACUUUUAUAUACUCGACCCCUGUAGGGGGGGUUCAUGGUUGUGGGUCCUGCUGCAGUGGUUGUAUAGUGGCAGGGGUGUCCUGGUUCCCUCCCAGGAAAAGUGGUCAAACCAUUCACAAACACUCUACACACCAUGUCCACUACAGCUUGUUGUGUCUUAUUUGUGAUUUCGUUUUCAGUCCAUCGCCGUUCAUUGUUUAGUGAAUAACCUCUCCUUACUGUUUUGCUUGCUGCUUUUUUCAGAGGUCAGAUGUGAUCCUGCAGUGGGUGCCUGUAGAAGAAGAUGGAGAUUCAACACAGAUUCACUACAAGAAAGUAAGUGGCAUUUAUUAUGUUUACCUGGGACAUUCCUUGUAGGAGAAAUUCUCAAUUUUGUUUCAUUUUAAAAGUGAAAUAAAUUUCACUUGCAGCUAUAAUAACCUGAGUGCUGAAUGAGUAUCACGCUGAGACAACACAACAUGUAAGUGUAAUAGAAUUCAGCAGCGAACUGUCUUGGCAGGAGUCCUCUACACAGAUAAUACAGGAGCUACAUACGCUCUAAUUUGGACUAAGAAGACUAAGAAGUCGGGGUGGGGGGAAUCUGUUAUUGAUAUCCAUGUGUACAAGCAUGAGCCAGCCGGAGACAACCUGACUUGACUGACAUUAAUAUGGAGUUCAGUGGCAUUGAAUGUUUUUGUCCAUUAAGCACUGCUGAGCAGUAUCCUGGAACAUCCUGUCCUUUCCUAUGGCAAUCUUUUGCAGUGAUAUUCUGCCACAUGGGCAUACUUUGCAUGAGUUUCAGAGAAGCAGCACUGCUUGCAUGCAGGAGCUGCAAAAACAAGAGAAAAUAAAUAAUUUAAAGAAUGUGUAAACCGAUCCGACAGUGCUCGAUUUCUGAAAAUACUUGUGCUCAGUAGCAGGCUUAAUAAUGUCAUAAUGUGCUGUGUGCCUACCAGUAAGUCGAUCCCUGGGAUUUGUUCGCUAGCUAAUUAUGUUCCAUACGAUUGCAGCGUAAUAUGUAUAUAUUGUCAAACAGCCAUUAGUGGAAUGCAAAAGCCUGUUAAAUACCCCGAGAAUGUACAGGCAGGAAGAUGAAAAACAAGUUUAGAGUUUUGUUGCAAAAAGUUGAAACAAAAUGUUGGUUCCAAAGUGUCUCAUUUCUCCUUGGAGCAACAAUCUAUUAAUACACUGCAUAUUAGCUGUUAUAACUCUAAAAUGGGCUUGGGUGCUUUUUUUUUUGUUUUGUUUUUUAUAGCAAAUCAGGUAUAGCAAUUUGGACAGAAACCUCUACAACUUCAUUCUUACUAUGUAAUAAGCCCCUUGCCCCUGCUGUGACUUCAUUCAUACUAUUCAUUGAGCAGGGCCCUCAACCCCUUUGUUCCUGUGUGUCCAACUUGUCUGGUUACAACUACAUGUCUGUUCGUCCACCCAUUGUAAAGCGCUGCAGAAUUUGAUGACGCUGUAUAAAUAUCAUCAUCAUAAUAAUAAUAAUAUGUUAAAAGCCCCUUGCCCCUGCUAUGACUUAAGUCCUAUUGUUAUGUAAAAAGCCUCUUUCCCCUGCUGUGGAGGAAAUCUUGUUUUUUCGUCUAAAUAUAAGCCAUUUUCUCAUUUGUACAGUUCUGUUAAAGGACCACUCUAGGCACCCAGACCACUUCAGCUUAAUGAAGUGGUCUGGGUGCCAGGUCCCUCUAGGAUUAACUCUUUUUUUUAUAAACAUAGCAGUUUCAGAGAAACUGCUAUGUUUAUAAAUGGGUUAAUCCAGCUUCUAAAGCCUCUAGUGGCUGUCUCAUUGACAGCUGCUAGAGGCGUUUACGUGCUUCUCACUGUGAAAAUCACAGUGAGAACACGCAAGCGUGCAUAGGAAAGCAUUGUAAAUGCUUUCCUAUGAGACCGGCUGAAUGCGCGCGCAGCUCCUGCCCACGUUGCGCAUUCAGCCGAAGAGGAGGAUCGGAGAGGAGGAAGAGAGCUCCCCGCCCGGCGCUGGAAUAAAGGUAAGUUUUAACCCUUUCCUCACCAUCCAGCCCGGCGGGAGGGGGUCCCUGAGGGUGGGGGCACCCUCAGGGCACUAUAGUGCCAGGAAAACUAGUAUGUUUUCCUGGCACUAUAGUGGUCCUUUAAGGAACAGGUCACCAGAGAGUUGCUGGUGCUGUAUAUUCUUGUACAGAGAAGCUAUGAUAAGCAUAUUUUUCUGAAUAAUGGAUUGGGAUCUCUCCUGAUGGAUUUUACAUAAUUGUAAAUGCAAUUUUCCAUUUUGUGGAAAAACAAAAAGAAUUGUGUGUGCACAGCUGCAUGUUUCCUGAACGUAUUAAAGUAUUAAAGAGACCUGGAAAUGGAUUUGUAUGAUUCUAGCAUGGAAUCAAUGUAUUUCUAUAGUAAAUGAAUCAAAUGAUGUAAACGCUUUCAAGACUGAGUUGAUAGUAAAUUAAUGUAUUCACUACACCAUGAUUCUUUUGUAAGACAUUACUUAGUAGUAGAUCUGUAUACAGGAAUGGGUGCUCUAUUUAUUAAUAUUCUUGGGGCAUCCCUUACCCCCUUGUGACACUACGGAAUGGCUUUCGAAGUGCAGUUCACAAAUAUAAGCAGUGCUUAGGUUUCCAGUCGUUUUUUUGCUACACCUGCCGUUGAAUCUUUGGUGCCUGAGAGACAGAAUUAUACAGACUAGAUGCAGCGCACAUAGGAGAGCACAAUAGUUAGUUCUGUGAAAAUCAUACCAAUACUCAUUACCCACCAGCAGGUGUCACUGCAGAGAACGGUACAGUAUAUUGUGAACUGAUGCUGAGCUCUUAAAGUGCACCUGUUCUAAAAACAAAAACAUGAAGUGGGAUGAGAUAUGCAAUAUGCAGAUUAUUAUGUGAUUUAACCCCUUAAGGACACAUGACAUGUGUGACAUGUCAUGAUUCCCUUUUAUUCCAGAAGUUUGGUCCUUAAGGGGUUAAACUUGUAAUGCUUUAGGAAGAUUGCAGCUCUCAAAAAAAGCCCAUGUUAAUCCUCUUCGAAAGAACUUCACUUUUGUCAAUUAAGAAAACUCAGUACAUAAUAGGAAACGGGCAGAGGAUAAACUAUAAAGUGGUGACUGGCUUGCAAACAUUGGCCAGGGUUUGCCUGCUAACUGCUAUUGCUGUUGCUGGGCAAAUAGGCAAGUGAAUUAUAAUGAUCAAAUAUGCACGCCACCAAAUGCAUUUGGUCACAAUCAUAAUUAAAUUGAUGGCUUUGUAAAGUCCGGAUUUGAAUGCGAAAAGCACGGAUUUUAAGGUUGACACAGAACACAUCCACCAGAUGGCGUAGAUUUAGUCAUGAUUUCAACAGUAUCCAGCUUUAGUAAAUAUGAAAAUUGCCGAUCCUGUAAAUUUCACAAAGUUUUGUCCAUACAGUCAAAAUCUUGUGUUUAAUGAAUUGAUCAAUGAACACUUUGAUUGACCUGGCUUUUUCCUGGAUGUUGGGCGUUUAUAAAUGUUUGUGAUAUAUCCAGAGGGAAGCACCUUGUGCUGUUUAGCUGAAACGGCAGGAUUUUUUGCAGUGCUGUGUCAAAACGAUUUUAUGAUGAUGCUAAGAACCUUUAAUUAUGUUCUAUAUUUGUUUUAAAGAUUAAUUUAAAUGCUCGACUAGACUAAUGCUCAAUAUACUCUUAAAAGCCGUGAUAAUUAUCUGUACAAUUAUAAAUAAUUAUUAUAAAUAAUAAUAUAAACAAAGAAAAAAGUUACAUGAAAUCUACGUAACUUAUGUUUAGAAUUAUUAACAAACUAUCUAUUAUGACGGUGUCUAACAUUAAACUCAAUUGUAAAUUCAACCUUGUCCCAACAGCUACUAUUGAACCGAACACCCCUUAUCCGUUAGAUCAUUUCUAAUGAUAUAUUUCAAUCUAUUUAACAGGAUUCCCCAGACAGCACCUCAUGUCGAGCAGAGGAAGAUUUGUUUGAUCCAGGCUAUGAGCCAGAUUGGGCUGUUAUCAGCACUGUGGGUACCAGGACUCGUGCCCAAGAUGAUCUGUCAGGUACAAUUCAUGUGUUUUGAAUUUGAUAUAGACUUAUAUAGUUAUUUCAAAUGUUACACUAGAACUUUAAGAACAAUAUUUGGGCAGUACAUUUUGACAAGAGUAGUUGUGAAAUAAUGAUGAAUUGCAGUUUGUUUUAAUACUCUUUUUAUUGAAUCAACAGAAAUUUGUAAUGGUGAGCUUUUGGGAGUUUGUUUCUUUAUCAAGUCUAAAGCAUUAAACAUUUUCCAUUGAAUUGAAGUUACUGUUGAAAAAUUAUAAACACCAAGAUAACUGUAUUUAUACGUUUUUUCAGCACCACUCUUUCACUUGCCACGACUAAAACGUGUGCUUUCCUGAAGUUUUGUUAUUCUGUGGCUAGUUAUUGCCAGUACUUCAUAUAUAACCGUCGGAUUUAUUUUCUUUGGGAAGGAACAUUCCCUUGAAUUGUUGUUGUAGACCUAUUGAAGCCAUAUUGAAGCUGCCAUGGUGGUUAAGUUGGCAGCCAAUCAUGUGAUUGACAGGAGGUAAACUCCAAGAACCCGCUGACUGUUUGUUUUUCUUCUUCAUUUACUUCCUUAGCCCAGAAACCUGGUCAUCGCGGGAAAUGGGCCUUCUCACUCAGUCUAUCAGAUCUCAAGUCCAUCCGCAAAGGCAAGCCCGGCUUAGGCUGGUCCUACCUCAUAUUCAUAACCAAGGAAGGGGUGUCCUUUCAGGCAUUACAUUUUCAUCAAGGGGGUUCAAAAGCUCUAUUAAAAGCUCUGCAGAAAUAUGUCAUUCUUGCAACGUAAGUACUCGAUAUUUCUCCUUUUUCUCCAGUUAAGUACUGGACACAAUAUGUAUACAAUAUUUAUCUCUUAUAUAAAGUAUGAAGAAUAAAGAGAAGGAAUAAAAUAAGUCGUGUUGUAGAUCAAAUGCCAUUGGGUGGGAAAGGUCAAGGAUAUUGUUAUAAAUCUACUAUUCCUAUUAUUCUGUUGUUGUUGUUAUUAUUAUUAUUAUUCUACUAUGAAAUUGUCAAUAACAACAACAAGCUAGGAAAUAAAUAAUCAGUGGAGUAAUGUAGUCUUUGUAAGUCAACAUCAGAUAUUUUGUAUUUGGUAACGGAUACAUCGAUGAUGUUUUGAUGACUCUUCGAUGUAUUGUCUUGUAAGCAAGUCCAUCAGUGCUGAAAGAAAGUACACAGCAAAAAGGCUAAAAGCCUUCCUUUUUAAAAUAAUUAUUGAGUAGUCCUAUAGGUUUCAGUAUUUAUUAUUUAUAAGAUGAAAUUUGUCCUAAUUAAGCUGUGCUGUAGUUCCAUUCGCUGUUUUGUAGUAUAGCUAUUUCACAAACCAUUAUAUUGCUGAGUGCUGGUUCGUGUCCGUCAAGGGCAGACAAAGGAGAGUAUUUUAUGAUCAGGUACACUGUUUGUGAAUAUUUACUUUUUUCUAUACAUCAUAUAAAAGCAUCCUUAAUUGAACACUAUUCUGGAGAAACACUGCUUUUAGAAUAGCCGUGUGGAAACUAUUUAUUUAUGAACAGUUAUUUGAAAUACAUUGGAAAUAUAGAUUUACUAUUAAACUCACAUUUAAAAGCAAUGUUGGUGGGAAUUGUUUUUAGAAAAUGUAACAUAGCUCCCAGAUAUAGGCAAAUAUGAGGAAACCUCUAAAGUACAAUAUGUUUAAAUAAUUCCAAAAAGAACAACAGAAAAUAACAUGGAUGCUGAAAGUAAUAUAUUUUUCUAACAGCAAACAUGCUAAAUAUUACAUAAAUCAAGGGAUUUGUACCUACACUACACAUUUCAUAAAUAUUGUGAGUAUGUACACUCUGUAGUCAUUUAAUUAAAAACACUGAUUAGCCACAACAUUAAAACUACUGACUGGCAAAGUAAUCAACAUUGAUUUUAUUGUUACAUUGGUACCUGUUAAGGGGUUGGAUAUAUUAGGCAGCAAGUGAACAGUCAGUUAUUAAAUUUAAUGUUUUGGAAGCAGGAAAAAUGGGCAAGCGAAAAGAUCUGAGUGACUCUGACAAGGGUCAAAUAGUGAUGGCCAGAUGACUGUAUCAGAGCAUCUCCAAAACGGCAUACCAAAAUUGGUGAAAGGAAGGACAACCGGUGUACCGGCAUCAGGGUAAUGGGCACCCAAGGCUAAUUCAUGCACGUGGGGAGCUAGCCCAUCUGGUCCAAUCACACAGAAGAGUUACUGUAGUUCAAUUUGCUGAAAAACGUAUUGCUGGCCAUGAUAGAAAAAGGUGUCAGAAUACACAGUGCAUCGGAGUUUAGCUGCAGUCUGUAAGAGUGCCCAUGAUGACCCCUGUCCACCACCGAAAGUGCCUUCAUUGUGGACGUGAGUGUCAGAACUUGACCAUGGAGCAAUGGAAGAAUGUUGCCUGGUCUGAUAAAUCUGUUUCUUUCAGAUUAGAUGGAUGGCUGGGUGCUUGGUAAGAUCUUAAAGAAUAAUUUAAUAUAUUGUUAGAAUGGCAAUGUAUUAAAAUUGCAAUUUUGCAAGGGGAGCUCCUGACUGGCUUGGACCCCAUCCAUUACAGGUGAAACACCCGGUCAUGGUCACAAUAGCAACCAUAGCAACCCUUGCAGUUUUCUUAGAUGGUUAGUAUUUACGUUUCUACCUUAAGGCCACCUCUAGUGUUUGUUAUGGCCACUUGAGGCCCUUCCCGAUGUGGUCAGGCAAUCUUCGCAGGACUGAACACUACUCUUAAAGAUACACUGAACCAGUGCAACUCUAUGAGGAGAUUCUGAUUGACGCAGUACGGCACUAGCCCCCAAUGCUUAACAUGUAAAAUCAUUGAGUUGGCUUAAAUAAUCAGUUAUAUCGAUCUUAGCCAGGGGAGGAGUAGCGGCCACAGUGAGACCGGCACACCAGAUGACUAUAAAUUGAGUAUAUUUGUAAUUUGUUAAAUGGUUGUUAAAUGGUUGCUACAACCCUUUUUACAGGACCCUUGCUUUUAAUGUGGAAUGCUUUGUUGGGCAUUACUGUCUAGGUCCCUAUGUUCUAAACCAGAAAAAGAAAGCUGAACUUACCUGGAAUCCAGCUCCAGAUGAAGCUCCCCUCACAGGAUUCCAUGCCUCCUCCAUCAUCACAGGCUUCUUGCUUGAUAAAGUCAUAUGGUGGGGAGGUCUCAAAUGACAAAACAAAAGGCUGAAAAGAUUUGUAUUCUCCCGGACAAGAGAUAAUAUAUCUCUGUAUGUGCAGCUUUUCAUUCAGAAAUGCUGCACAUAUGGACUCCUACCACCAUGACCACUUCUAAAAGCAGAAGUGGUCAUAGUAGUUGAAGUAACCCUUUUAGGGGGUGCAUUACAUCUAACUAGACAUUCUAACUUUAGAAACAUGUUUGUAUUCCUAAUGUUAAAGUGUUCCCUUAAAGGACAACUGUCACCAGAUUUUUUUUAAUAUCGUAAGAACCCUUGAAGCAUGUAAUGAAAAGAUAUAUGGCAUUUUUGUAAAAUGAAGGAAGAACGUGUAAAAAAUACCUGAAAAUCUGGCCUCUACUUUCACUGAACACUAGACCCCUCUGCCAUAUUCUUACACCUUCGGUCGGACUGAGGUAGAAACCAAACGUUUGGUUCCUGCUUCACUCCGUGCACAGAGCGGUGAUGUCAUCAGCCAUUGCCCUGUGUGAUCUACCUGGUUCAUUCCCACCACAUUGGCAAUUCUCAAUGCAGACCAGGCAGACCACACAGGGCAAUGGCUGAUGACGGCAUCGCUCUUUCAAAGUAGUGAAGGAGGAGCCAAACGGUCAGAUUCUACCUCAGUCCGACCGAAGGUGCAUAAAUAUGGCAGAGGGAUCUAGUGUUCGGUAAAAGUAGGGGUCAGAUUUUAAGGUAGCUUUUUCUUCAUUUUACAAAUGCCAUAUGCCAUAUCUUUUUAUUACAUGCUGUCCAACCGAAAGUGUUUGAAUAUACAGAUAGGUAUGGACAGAAAAAACUGUCCAGAUAGAGUGGAAAGUUGGUAAUGAAUGUGGACUUCCUGGAGGGUAAAAACCCGUUGAAUGGAUUAGACAACAAAUCUCAACUAGUAUAGAAAAGCCCCAAUAUAGGCUUAAAAGAUACAGUAGAAAGUGAAAAUACUAGAUUCUAAAUGUACCAGGAAAUAACUUGUGAGAGAUCUGUGAUAUUGAGGGAUCUAGUGUUCUGUAAAAAUAGGGGACAGAUUUUUAGGUAUUUUCUACAUAUUCUUCAUUUUACAAAAAUGCCAUAUAUUUUCAUUACAUGUUGCAAGGAUUCUUAUAAUAUUUACUUGCAUACAAGUUUCAGAUGACAGUAGCUGUAAACACUGAUAUAUUUACAUACUCGUAUGAUUUUUUUUUUAUUUAGGGAGAUGGGUGGGGGUUGUUUCUUAAAAUAAGCUCUCUUACUAGGUGAAACAAUUUAUAGUUUGACAUUGAUGGUGUUUACUGCGUCAUCACAAAACCUGAAUUGUAAUUGCUGACGAGAAGGUGACAGCAGUUUGUGUAAUUUCCAUUACAAGGACACAAUAAAAGGUUGAGUUUGCAGAAUAUUUGCUGUUCCGUAAUCACUGGGAUUCCUGUAUUUCAGCUGUGUCCUGCAGGGUGAACAUUAUCUUUUGUCUGUAUGGCUAUAAUUAAAGGGGAACUAUCCCAUUCCUAGGAUUUUCAAUAUUAAAUUUACUUUCCCCCUAUAUUUAACAAAUAUGUGUUUUUGAGUUCUGAAAAAUAAAAUUAAAUGUUGAAAAUUCCAUACAUCUUUAUUUAGAUCUAUUCUGGAACCAAGCCCAUUAUCUUGGCUCCUUGUCAUUGUUAUAAGCUCUGACUUUAGCACCUGUUAGUCAGCAGGAAAAUAAUUGUGAUUGUAGGAUAAAAAGAUAUAAUGGAGGAUAUUUAUCAUUGCCUUUUGAAACGUGACUGUUAUAUUCUGUCAUUAUGUUGAUCGUAUUUGUUUAAGCGAUCUGAAAAUUGAUGGUUUGCUUUAUAGUAAAUUCCAAUUUUUUUUUUAAUUUCAGACGACCACCAGAUUUACUGAGAACACAAUUCUACCACUUUAUUUUCAGAAAAGUGGUGGAAAAUGUAAAAAAUAUGUUAUAUUGCUGGACAAAUGGCAUUUAUUAAAAAAAAUGACAAAGCACAAAAAAAGCCUGACCACUUAAUAAAGUACAUUUUCAGAAAAUUACAUGUAAAAAGUUCUCGGUAAAACUCCCUUAAAGGAAAACGAUAGGGUAAGGAACACAAACAUGAAUCCCUGACCCUAUAGUGUUAAAAACACCAUCUAGCCCCCCCCGGUAUCCCUUGCCCCACUAAAUAUAGCAGAAUCUUACCUUUGUUCCAGUUUGCUGGUGCUGGCUCUGCCCUGGUCUGCCUCCAUGGCAUCACCAGAAAUGAUGAUCGCAGCCCAUAGGAAAGCAUUGGAUUGGCUGAGACUGUCAAGGAGGCAGAUCAGGGGCAGAGCCAACACAAGCCAAACACACCCCUGGUCAAUCAGCAUCUCCUCAUAGAAAUUUAUUGAAUCAAUGCAUCUCUAUAAGGAAUGUUCAGUGUCUCCAUGUAGAGGAUGGAGACACUGAAUGUCCGUGCUGCACAUUAUGCAGCACUGCCACAGGAACCACCUCUGGUAGCCAUCUGAGGAGUUGCCAGUGAAGUUAUCACUAGGCUGUAAUGUAAACACUGCAUUUUCUCUGAAAGACAGUGUGUACUGCAAAAAGCCUGAAGGGAAUGAUUCUAUUCACCAGAACAAAUACAAUAAGCUGUAGAUGUUCUGGUGACUAAAGUGUCCCUUUAUUAUUUGUGUUUCUCUUUCUCCAAUGCAACGUGAACGGUGAAGAAUUUUCAUGAAUUGUACUCUCUGGCUGUGUCUGCAUUGUGAUGCCAUUUGCUAGAUUUUUAACAUUUGUUUAAUAGCAAAAGGAAGUAAUGGAAGUAAAACAAAAGGAUAUGUUUAAUGCAGGGCUCGACAAAUCCCAGGUGCCAGGUUGCCAUUGUGACUAAAUAUUUUGUCCUGGCACCUGGGAUUGGUCAGCCUGUUCCCCCCUCCUCCUGUCUCAAUCCCCGUGAAGCUCUCUGUGCGCCGAGAGGAAGUGAACUGUAAAUACUUUCUCCUGGUGCCAAGACCGCGCUGGGUAAUGGCGAGCUGGCGUGACAGGACACCGGGUAAAUAUAGCUCGGCUCCCUGCCCAGCCCCAUUCCGCCUGCCCAUGUUCCUGCAUGACUUCAGCCCCGGGAAGAAGUAAUUAAAAUUCCAUUCACUUCCACCCGGCGCACAGAGAGCUGCACGUGGCUGUAGACUCUGGAGAAGGGGGGAGGAGGGAGUCUGGAACAGCGACAGCGUACUCCCAUAAGCCACAGUCAGCCCCACUAACUUGAUGUUACCUGCCAAUAGGGUGGCAUAGCAUGCCUUAAUGACCGGGCCCUCUCUGUAGCCAGUAUACUUAUCCUCCUCUCUGAAUCUGAUUGGGGGGACUGCAUGACAGUCAAGGCAGUCCCCCUGCAGCCAAUCCCACUGAUCCGAGUCGUGUGUUGCAAUGACAAUGCAAUCACAUAUCUCAGAUUGGCCGGAUACAUAUAAAGUGGUUAUAUAUUGCGUUUUGAUAUUAAUAUAAAUAUACAAAAUUAUAUAAUUUCAUUCUUUGUGUAUAUUUAUGUAUUAUUUUUACAUAAUUAUUGAUUAUGUUAAUUAUAUAUAGGGGGACCUGCCUGACAACCCAGGCAGAAGGUCCAGAGAAUGUAAUUUGCAAGCCCUAUCUUUGACCCUGUAACUUUCCAAAACAACAUAAAACCUGUACUGCAAAAAUAAAAUAUGAACACUAACUUAGGCCAGAGUUUGUGACUAAAUGGCUACUAGAAAAGACUGGACAUACCCCAUUUUGAAUACCAUUAGUUGUCUACUUUUGCAAAUGGUAUGACAUGAUGGGGGUAAUUUUCAAUCCUGGGCUGCCAUACGGUCUCAAAGGCAACAGAGGCAGAGCAAACCAAUCUGGCAAAUUUCAAUCUGUAUAAACUGAAAAGUGGAAAUUAUUAAAUUUGACUCUGUAAUUUUCCAAAACCCCAUAAAACCUGUAUAUGGGGGUUACUGUUGUACUUGCGAGACAUUGGUGAACACAAAUGUAAAAGCUAACAGUAUUAUGACAUUCACCGUUAAAAUGCUAUGCAGAACUUGGAAAAUAACAUAAUUUCUUAGCCUUUCACACUUUUUGAAAAUGUAUUCAUAUUGAAUUGUUUUCCAUAUAUAAAUAUUUAAUGUGAAAUGAAAGCCCCAUAUCUCAAAAUUAUAUAUAAUAAGUGUGGGUGCGCUUAAAGGGACACCAUAAGCACCCAGACCACUUCAGCAUAUUAAAGUGGUCUGGGUACAGUGUCCCAGGUCCCUUAACCCUGCAGUGGUAAUUAAUGCAGUUUUCAAUAAACUGCAAUAAUUACCUGCCAGGGUAACGCUACCGGACAACCACUAGAGGGACUUCCCGACGGUUAGUCGAUUUGGACAUCCAACUUCACCCUUAGCCCCAUUGGAAAGCAUUAUACAAUGCUUUCCUGUGAGGGAAGUCCUGAUGUGAGUGUGGCUGUCAUUAUGGUCUCCCCCGCCAGCUGACGUGGCGGGGGAGUAGCGGAGGCAGAGCCUGAACCAGCGCUGAGGGACAUCAACAACUUUGUAAUAUGAAAGAGGUGAAUUAUGGGUAACAGACAUAUAGCUCAAAUUCUAGGUUUUGUUUUGGUUCAGAACUUCUCUUCUAAAUGGCAGAGAAUUGAGCAGUGAGAUUACAGGGGUAUGAUCUACACACCAAAACUGCUUCAUUAAGCUAAUGUUGUUUUGAUUUCUAUAGUGUCCCUUUAAAUUUAAAAUUCACUUUCCAUUCUAACUUUAGUGAAUGACCCUGUUUCAGAAAAAGAGUUUGAAGUAAACGGUUUUAAAUGAAAUUUCCGUAUGUCAAAUAUAUAUUUUAUCUUAGUUCAUUUAUAAAUGGUGUGCACCUUUUAAUUUAAGCAGAACGUAGAUUAAGAGAGCAUUCUUUUUUGUAUGUGUCUUACCAGUUCUCCAAGGGAUUCCCGCCUGUACUUGGUUUAUCCACACGAUUCCCACGCACUCUCUCACUCCUUCGAUGAACUCCAGCUUUUUGACGACGGUUCCUCUGACGUGGUGUCUGUAAGUUUCGGAUCCUUUUUUUUUUUUCUGUCUCUAAUAUUAUCUGAACUAAUCUUUGAAUUUUAUAGCACUGCAUGUUCACAAUAUAAUUAAAGGGACAGUUAUUUCCCCAUUUUCAAUUAAAUGUAAAUUCAUGCAUUCAAAAUAAGCAAAGAGAAAAUUAAUUGGGGGGAAAAAGCACUAUUAUUCAAUAAAACAGAAUUUCAGUGUAUUAAAUAGGAAUGACAAUUUGAGGUUGAAAUAGCCAAACUGAGACUAGUGUUGAGAAUAUUACAAAAUUUGCUAUUUUAAGUGCAGUCUUUCAUUUGAAUUUAAUUCUGUAAUAUUAGGAAUUUAGUGAGAACCAUGUUAAAAGCGCUGCAUUAAUGCCAAAUCCCCUACUGCUACCCAAAACCGGAACUUGGCUGUGAUCCCAAUGCUACCUUUAUUUUUAAUCGGAGCUGAACAAUUCCUAGAAACCCUAACAGGGGCAUUUGUAAAGUCAAGAAACACCUGAGAAUGACCCCAAAUUUAAUUUGGUGACUCCUUCUUAAAGCCCCUCCUUGGUACCUUCUGAAUACCACCACUUAAAACUUUGCACAUUCACAGUUACUUAAGGAUGCACACCCAGAUUGAUAUACACACAGACACACAAGCGCUUAUAGAUAGACACAGAAAGGCAAAUACAGACAAAGAUAGGUAUGCACAGACAGGUACACACACAUCGAUAUACAUAUAUACAAUAAAAAAAAGAUGGCCCUGUACUUGGAGGGGUGUUUGGGAAGGCAGGUGGCCAGUCACUGUAUCAGUGCUGUUCAUUGAUCUCCCUGAUCACUUCUGCUGUCAGGCUGCUGUGUUCUCCCUGCCUGCCAUGCUGGUUUUCUGAAUGAGACUCCGAUUCCUGUAGUCCAAAGUCUCUGGCUUAUUACUCCCGGUCCCUAUUGCGCUAUACAACCACUGACCAACCAAGUUCUAGUACAGCACAUGAUUGUGGAGUGCCAGAAAUUCAGUUAUAUAUCUGCACAGUGUGCACUCUACCCUUAGUCUCCGAGUCUCCAGCCUGCCCCAAGAUAUGGGACUUGGUGUAUUUUAAAGCCAGGGCUUUUGAGGGGCCAACACUGGCCCCUCCUUCGCAACGCCCCUGCCCUCCAUAGGGCAUGUAAUUCAGCACGUGGCAGCCAGUGAAUGCAAAUAAUAAUAUUUCCAUUCAUCGCAUAGGAUGAAUAGAGCUUCUGCAUUAGUUUAAAACAGCUGUAGUCAGGAUACUGCUAGUUAUUGUUUUAGAGCUAUAAGAUGAAUAUUGCAACUGUGCAUUUGUACAUUUUAGGCUCCUCUAUAGUAAGCUGUGAGUGGGGUUUGUAUGGCAGAUUUAUAGUUAUUGGAGGUACGGAGAGGAAGCAUUUGCUUCUUCCAGAAAUGUCUUUCAGGUCCUUUUGGGAAAAGAAAAAAACAUAAACACAAAAACCGCCAGAUACCUUAUUGGGGCAAUCUUUCCCUUAUGGUCAUUUAAGUUAAUUAUUAAAGCAAAGCUUCUAUCUAAUUUAUUUUUGCAUCCAUGGUUCAUUCAGUGGUAGGCCAAUACAGAAUGACUAUCCUUAAACUCUUGUAGAACCCUUCUUGGGAUUUUAGUCUGAACAUAAUAUUUACCAGUUCCUUGCAGACAUAGCAUGGAUCUUUUUUACAACAUCUUUCUUAAAGACAGGCAGCGCUACAUCAAUAUGUAAUACAUAAAGCACGGUCAAGACAGAGAAUGGAAUAAUUAGGAAACAUGGGUCAUUUUAUUAAUUUUAUUUUUGAAACUCUUGUAGCCUGUCUUAGCCCACCAUGCUUCUCUGUCCUUGGUUUUGGAGCGGGUUCCCUGCUCUUUGGUUGGUAACGUCUGGUAUGUCAGGCUACAGGCUAUAUGUUCUUCCUGAUCAUAGAAUAAAUAUAUAUUAGCCAUAUUUUGUCAAUAUGCAUUAGUCCGGCCGGGGAGACCUAAUGCCGCGCAUGCGCAUUAGCGCUCUCCAUAGGAAGGCAUUGAAAAUGCAUUUCAAUGCUUUCCUAUGGGGAAAUGAGCGACGCAGGACGUCCAGCGACACUCUAGCACAGGUUUCCUGUGCUAGGAACCAGGAAGUGCCCUCUAGUGGCUGUCUAGUAGACAGCCACUAGAGGUGGAGUUAACCUUGCAAGGUAAUUAUUGCAGUUUAUAAAAGAACUGCAAUAAUUACACUUGCAGGGUUAAGAGUAGUGGGAGUUGGCACCCAGACCACUUCAAUGGGCAGAAGUGGUCUGGGUGCCUGGAGUGUCCCUUUAAUGGUCUCUCUGUGGGACCCUUUCCCUCUUUGCACGUUUGGCUAAGUGGAGAAUAGUACUCCAGCUUGCCUGAAGCUGGUUUGUAGACUCUGCUUAACCAUCAUUUAGUAAUUCUGCCACUACCGUAGUCAACCACAGAGACAGAUAUAUUUUAGAAUUUUGAUGCUGCUCAGCUUAAGGUUCUUCUUAUAUACUGGCUUAUACCAGGCCCUACUGGGAAGGUUGCACCACUUCUUGUCAUGGUAUGCCAUACUACAUCUCUUGGAGAACACCUCAGAGCCUUGAAGUUGGCAUUUUAACUCCGUACUGCUGUGCCAUGUAAAAACAGGCAAUGAGCAUCUCUAACACCCAGAAUCCUUGCACAUGCCAUCUGUUAAAGGGUUGCUAUAUACAGUCUCCGGACAGGAAAGCUUUAGAAACCUUCUAAAUGGCAUAUAUUUAGUAAUUUCCAGCUGAAAAUGUGUCCACUGCAGGGCCUUAACUCGUUUGCUUCUAGGCUAGCUGCAUUAUACCCUUUUAUGUAUUGUUUUUGUGUGCUAAUUGCAUCGUCUGUUUUGUAUGCUCUGUACACAUGUGACACUCCAACUAAAACUUGUAUUUCUUCCACGUAGAAGUACAUUUUUAAUUUCCUGUUGUACCUAUUUUGCACAGUGGCAUUAUAUUAUUUUUUUCUUCGCUCUCUUGCACUUUAAGGGAAACAAAGUUGUUUUCCUGGCACUAUAACUCCCUAUAGCGCCUCCCCCCCCCCCCAAACCCCUCUGACUUACCUGAAUCCAGCGCCGAUAUCCCUUGGCGUUGGUUCAGGCUCCUCCCACACCGACGACAGCUGGCGGGAGGACCAAAUGCGUAUGUGCGGCGAUGGCCACUCUCGCAUUAGUACUUCCCCCGUAGGAAAGCAUUGUACAGUGCUUUCCUAUGGAGGUUUACAUGACACUGGAUAUCCUCAUGCAUAUCGUGAGGACAUCCAGCCCAGUUUUUACGUGACCAAAAGUUGCCUAACGGCCUGGAAGCUGCUCUAGUGGCUGUCUGGAAAACGGCCACUAGAGGUUGAGUUAACCCUCAAAGGUAAUUAUUUCAGUUUAUUAAAAACAGCAAUAAUUACCAUUGCAGGGUUAAGGAACCUGCGACACUGCACGUAGACUACUUCAAUGAGUGCUCACUUAAACGUUUUCUUAAAAGGGUGUCCAUUGUGUCCCUUUAAAUGUUGUAAGUAGUUUAAUGCACUAAAUCUUUAAUUUCGUUUGUACUGUCCCAGUGGUUGCUUGUGCAAUAAUAUUCACACACAUGUACUUGCUGUUAUUAUACCGAUAUUGACGCAGGUAUUUGUAUGCAUAGUAUUUUGUUGCUGUGUCUCGGGGUUAACGCGUUGCGUUGGCUACCGUGCUGUUAGUUUAUGCUUCACUGUACCGAGGAACUUGAUUUUUACCAUUCACACGUGAGCUUCAUCUUGGCAUGUACAUUAAUUCAGCUAUGCUUUUAUAGAAUACCUGGUCCCUAUUCUUUUUACACUUUGCUCAUAUUCUCUGCAACACCUCGUGAAAAUGUCGGCAUUUAAUACCAUUAUGCUGGCAGUGGCUCUAGCAACACUAUAUGCGAUGUCCUUUUUUUCCCCUCCUUUCCUUCCUUGCAAUUCCACACAUGUUGUUACUGAAUUCUCCAGCACUAUACAAAUGACCUCAGUCAGUUGCAUUGCAGUAAUUUUAUUACCCAUAUCUAGAAUCCCAUUGUCUUUGCAGUGUCAUCAUUUGUGGUGACAUACAGUGCUGUUUAGAAGACCCCGUGUUUGCUGUAGUUACAUAAUUGGGUCUGACAUCUGCAGCACCAUACCGGGGAACGCAAUCUUUUUUUUUGGUUACACUGCAUAUAUCCACACUGCCCAAUGCAUUGUGUGACAUAUACAAUUAGUUUUUAUUGCAUUUAUUAUUCAUCUGAGCAUUUGUAUGACAUUCUUAGCUCUUGUUUAUGAAAAUAUUUAACCAGUUUUGGUUGCUUUGUAUUUCUUGGUGCUCAGUGGUGUAUUCUGGUUUUGUGCUGCCCAAGGCAUGACAAAACUCAGGCACCCCCCCCUCUCCAAAUUUCUCUUCCUGACAGACACACGUCCUCACUGAUGCAUGCACUGACGUACACUUACUUACAGAUACACAGUCAUUGUUACACACACUGUUUAACCUACACACACUUUCACUGAAACAUACACAUUCACAGACAUAAACACUCACUCAUUAACAGUUACACACACACUCACCGACAGACACACAUAUACACUAACUGACAUACACGCAUUCACCGACAGACACAUACACACUCACUGACAGAAAUGCAUACACACUCACUUAGUGUCAGACACACACACAUACACUGGGACACACUCACUGACAGAUACACACUGACAAACACUCACUGACAGACAAAUAUACACUUAGUGUCAGACACACACAUUGACUGACAGGCAUACGCAUACAUACACUGACAGACACGCACUCUCAGUGACAGAUACACACUGACAGACACACAUUCACACUCCCUGACAAACACGUAUACACUCUCACUGACAUACACACUCUGACAAACAAAUAUACACACACACAGACACACACUCACUAACAAAUAAACACACUCUCACUAACAGACACACAUUAACUCUAACUAACAUGCACACACUAACACUCACUGACACACACUUACUAACACUCACUAACAGACACACACACACACACACUCUCUCACUAACAUUCACUAACACACUUACUAACAUACACACACACACUAACAUUCACUAACAGACACAAUCUAACACACUCACAGACACACACACACUAACACUCAGUAACAGACACACACUAACACACUCAGAAUUUAAAAUUAAAAACUCAAAUUUAAUCCACCCAGCCUCCCUACCUUUGGGAGUGCUGGAGUGGAUUCUUCCCUGUGGUCCAGAAGAGCUGGCUGCAGCUCGGCAGGCAGUCGGGCUGACAGAUGCAGGGUGAAGGCGGGUGGCGAGGGAGCUCUGAUCAUCCUGUUCAGCUCCCUCGUGCGCCUUGUAGUGAUGCCGGGGCCGGAGUCACGUCAUUUUCCAGCUCCGGCAUCACUGCGGAGCGUGAGAGGGAACUGAGCAGGGAAGAACUCAGGGGAGAGUGCUCCCUUGCCGCCCGUCUCCCACAUAAGGUAGAUGCUAGCCUCGGGGGGGCCAUAAGGUGGCUAGCCAGCAAGCUCUAGGGCCCCCAGGACAAGAGGCAGGCAAGGCCAGGGCAUUUGGGGGCGGCUUUUUUUUUGCCGCUCCCUUGAAAGUGCCGCCCACGGCAAAUGCCUUGUCAGCCUCGCGGUAGAUACACCACUGUUGGUGUUGUGUUCUGCAUACUAUCCAGUUCUUAUUGCAGCUGCAUUGGCUAUUUCGAUGCUAGUCUCUGCAGAUAGCCUAUUUUUAUUAUUACAGUUACAGUGUGUGUUUUGGUCUAAGUCUCUGCAGAACGAUGCCGUAUACACCUCUUUUUAUAACGAUUAUCUUCUGUUUGGUGUCUGACUUCUGAGACCAGGAUUUUUUUUGUAAACUAUUUUUCUGAUUUAUGCUGUUUCUCUUUAGCAAAGUCUUUGUCUCUUUCAAUGUUUUGUGCCCGUCCAUUGCAGCAUUUCUGAUGCAGUGCUUACCAGCUGUAGUCUGGAGUCGUCCCCCCUCACCUCUGAACAUUGCAGGUGCUGCUCAUAGCAAUCUCCUACACUGAAUGCUUUCAAACUGGCACAUCAGAUUCUUAUAACCGUGCAAACUGCAUCCUUGCAGCAGUAUCUGCAGACAGUUUUCCAUGGGGGAAUAGAGUCAUAAUAUUUACAGGCAUUGUCAGUCUUAGGCUUCAUUUAAAUCAAAGGAAAAAAACUUUUCAGGGCAUCGCUUCCCCUUUUGCCAUAUAUCUGUUGAUGCCAGUGUAUCUUUGCCCCCAAUACUCGUAACAGCUGGGUACAUUGUGUUGCUUCAGAAACUGUAGGUGGCAUCUUCUAUAUUUUGGUAACUUUUUUUUAUCUUUGUAAUGAGUUACGCAGUCCCUUCCUUUCUCACAUUAAAUCAUUGUUAAAUGAUGUUCUUCAUUGCACCAUGAAUUGUUGAAAAUGUCUCUAUAUUUGACAGUGCUUAUUUUUGUUGUUCCUUAUACUUUGUUAUGAAUCUCCAUUAGGUGCUUAUCAGAAAUCUUGGUCUCCCUCCUGCCUUAUUCACUUUUAUAGGAUAUUUUGGGCUGGUUGGUCUUAGCGUUACAUUUUGUAACAAUUGUUUGCUCUUUUAUGUUUGGAUGUUGUACCACGGUUAAUUGUCCUGUGGGUGGCGCCUAAGCUGUGCUUGUUUGUCUAGGGUUCUUGCUUCAACCUCAGAUAUUCAAGGUUCUCGGAUAUCAGAUCAGUCCGCAACUUGUGGACCAACUAGAAGUGUAAAAUUUCCGGACAUUUUGAAGCCAUGAAAAAUUGAAUUUUUUGAAAAAAAAAAUAAAGUAUUGUGGAGUAGUUUUUACAAAUUGAAAAUCCUUUUGUUACACUGGGAACAUGGUAUGCAGUGUUUAUAAAAGUAUUAUGCUUGAAAUAGUAAUUAUUAAUAGUAAAUAAUAAACUGAAUUUGCUUUUUGAAACUUUUUGUUACAAAUGGAACAAUCAGGUCUGUAUAAUUUAAAGGAACACUCUAGGGUCAGGAACAAAACAUGUAUUCCUGACCCUAUAGUGUUAAAAACACCAUCUAGCCCCCCUGGUACCGCUUGCCUCCCCAAAUAUAGUAAAGUCUUUAUUUAAUACUGUAGCUACUGCCUCUGCCCCUGGUCUGCCUGCUUAAAUGACAUCAUCAGAAGUGAUUAUGUGAGCCAAUCACAAGGCUUCCCAUAGGAUUGGCUGAGACUGUCAAGGAGGCAGAUCAGAUCAGCAUUUCCUCAUAUAAAUGUAUUGAAUCAAUGCAUCUCUAUGAGGAAAGUUCGUGUCUCCAUGCAGAGGGAGGAGACACAGAAUGGCAAUGCUGCACAUUAUGCAGCACUGCCAGAGGAAGUACAUCUAAUAGCCAUCUAAGGAGUGGCCAGUGGAGUUAUCACUAGGCUGUAAUGUAAACACUGCAUUUUCUCUGAAAAGACAGUGUUUACAGCAAAAAGCCUGAAGGUAAGGAUUCUACUCACCAGAACAAAUUCAAUAAGCUGUAGUUGUUCUGGUGACUAUAGUGUCCCUUUAAGGACAUUUAAACUGUACAUAAGAACAGGUAUCCUCCCUGCUCUUUCCCUUAAAAGCAACAAAAAUGAAGAAACCAUCAACAUAAAAAAACAACCAAAAACUCUUCCUUCAGGAAUUUUACUGAGAGCUCUGAUCACAAUUGUCCAAACAGAUUUGCACCUUAGCACCAAUUGCAAAUAAAAAGAUAGGUAACUGGCAUUAUUUGUGCCAGUAGGAUUUGGACACAUGGCGUUGGCGGUGUAAGGACCACCUCAAUAUAUAAGCUGCAUUGGAGUGGCCUGAGAGGACAGAUACAAUCAACUACUUUAUACCAACAAUCAACUUGUGCAUACCAACAAGAUGGUGCCCGGCCACAACCAAACUAAACUGAAACCUUUUUUCCUGCAGCGCCCCUAAAGACAGAAGUGCAUAUUGCUCUUAUUUGAGAAUUGCAUUCUCAGCAUUUGAAUUGUAUUCCAGGAUUUGCUGGUCUUCAGGUGAGAGAACUUGCAUAAAGACAUAAAGUCUCAGAAGUCUUUCAUUAAGUUCUUCAUCUUAUAUAGUUUGAAUACCAUGUCAUAAGCAUAUUAUUUAUUCCACAUGCCAUAUUUUGUCCGGGGGAAAAAACAACAACAAAAACUGCUUUGGGGGGAAAAAAACCUGGAAAAACUGUUUUUUUUCCGGGUUUUUUUUUUCCAUGCCUUCUCAACUCUAAGACAAAUUAUGGCUGUGGAAGGAAAUAAGAUUAUUACUGACUUAGUAAUUUCUUUCUUCACUAGACAGUAAGUAUGGGAUCCAAAUACAUUUCUAUGAAGCUAUUUGUAUCCUAAUAUUUUUAUACAUUUUUGAAGCUAUUUUCAUUCUUUUAUUCUGGCUCCGCGAUUUCCCUCCUACAUUUUCACACUGCUAGCUGAUGUGACAUCCUUUUGGUCCAUGGGUUUAUACAGCCGGACAAGCUAAAGUUAUUGUUUGCCUUUGUCUGCCUCCAACAAUGACUGCACUUACAGUAUAACCCAUCAGUUCUCUGUUAUAUACCAGAUCAAGCAUGUCAAACUCAGUCUAGCAAGGGCCAAAUAAACAAGGUUUAAGUUUAUGUGGGCCACAAAAAAAAACCCCUUACAUUUUCAUAGAAACAUAGGUUUAUUUUGAAACGUACAGUAUAAAAAAAAAAAAACGCAUCCCCCUCUACUAAACCACAGCACCCCCCAUAUACUAAAUCACAAUCCCCUCCUCUACUAAAUCCCAGCACCCCUCUCUAGCCAACAAACAGACUCCACUCACAUUGCCGCUGCCAGUAUGCGACUCUGGAGCCCGGUCUCUGGAAAUCCCAAAUGGCGCCGACCGCACCCUGUGCCAAAGCGGAUCCUUCCACUACUUCUUGACACCCUGUGAAGGUUGAGCACUUCGAUGUCACGUUGGAAUGUGACGUGGCGUUGCAUCUCCAGGUCCUCCACUGUCCAGCCGCGGCCAUUGCAACACUAAACGACACACACACACACACACACACACACACACACUCACUCACUGACAGACACACAUGCACACACACACACACUGACAGACACAAAGACACUUACUGACACACACAGGCACACACACACAGACAGACACACACAUACUUACUGACAGACACACACACACUCUUCCCAUUUUAUUGUAUUUAUUUUCUAGCGAUUCUGCUAGUUCUGCUGGAAUUCUCUGUUAGUAAAGUUUUUAAACUUCUGUGUGCUACCAGAAUAGAGCUGACUCCAUGCUUGUAGCUGUAAUGCAGCCCCUUAAGCCCACCCACUGAAAGGUAUUGGCGGAAUUAUUUAAUGUGUAACCAGGACUAGAAAUCUCAAGUCCUGUGUUAUUACUAGGCAAGCUCGAGGGCAAAUGAUAAUUUGAGCCAUGGUAAAAUGACAUUGUAACUAAACUAAAUUAAACUGUUUAAAUUGUAAACUGCCACCAAGAUGUGCUCUCGAGAAGGAUGUCAUCUUAAACAAUUUAUUUUUAAUCUGUUUAGAGAUUUUUUCAGGAUCCCUACUCUGCCACAUUUGGAGGAUUUUCUAAGGUUACCAACUUUUUCCGUGGAGCUCUGCGACCACAUGAUGGCACAUACCAAAGGCCCUUAUCAGAAAUGGCCGUUGGGCUAGAGGACGAGCCAGGCUUUGAGGUGAUCACUUGUGUAAGUAUCACAAAAUAGUUUAUAAUCUAUUGAAGCUGAGGGACAUAUUGAAAUUCGUACUGAAAGACCUUUUCUUUCCUGCAUUUCUCUCAGAAAGUCGUGUUGUAUUUGACCUUGUGUCUAUCAUUGCAAAGGGAGCCUGCAGAAACGAAAAAAGUGAUUUAAUUCUGUGCUUGUAAACUUACACUGCUCGGCAUUCUGGGAAAAUAGCAGGGACAAUGUCUUUCAGAGCUGCUGUGUGUGAAGCAAGCAUUUUGGAAGGUUUGCCUUUGACAUAUGUAGAUAAUGCACAAAAGAACUUUCAUUUAAUCAGUAGGGUUUUACCACUUUUCCAUCUGACCACAAGACUUUUGUUAAACACGAUGAUGACAGCCUUUGUAGCCUUAUUUUUCUGAUUCUUUUAUUUAUUUUUAUUUUAAAUUAAGGGAAGGCAGAGAAUAUCAGAAAUCUCUGAAACUGUUGAACAUGCAGAAAGAGUGGGUUUUUUAAGUCUGAAGAAAAAUCCAGCGAUGAGGACCAAAACAGACCAUACAAGGAGUUAUUCACAAAUGUGAGAAUUGCAGGGAAUUCAAAGUGAAUUUCUAAGUGAAGGCUAAAGUAGCCCAACGGAAAGCAUGUUUUUCCAGUUUAGCUAUUUUAACCUGAAUUUAAAAUUUACUUUGAAUUCCCUGGAAUGCUCACGUUAGUAAGUAACUAUGUAAAAGUAGAUGCUUUUUGUAAAAAAACAAAACAAAAAAAAACAUAUUUAGAAAUUUGAGCUCUGUUUAAAAUAUUGCUAGAUUUUUAUUUUAUUAUUCUAAACAUGCCCUAACUGCUAGGCCUAUUUAGUAUAUGUCUUUAUUUUCACUUAAAUAUCCAGAGAAAUAAAACCUUUAAAUAAAAUUUGUGAAUACAUUGCUAUUCCAGUCAUGGACUUGAGAACUGUAGACAAAUAAAAGAACAUUGUCGGGUUCUGAGCCUUUCAACAUCUCUCUGAGAUCUACUUGACCAUUGGUUGAGAGCACAUAUAGACCAGACCAAAGAUCUCACUGCUGUGCAAGGUGACACAUUUUCACAAUACCUCGAUACGGAUUUGCAACCAAACCUAUCUUCGUUUGGGUUAGUGUGUGCUCCCGCUUGAUGUUCAAGUAAAUGGCAGCAUGCUAGUGAUUAAAGGCUGGGAACAUAAAAAUAUUAACAUGGAUAAGAUGGUUGCUCGGUGUGUUUAAUUGUCAUCCACCCAUUGCAGCAAGUGGAGCUGGGAGAACGCCCCGUCAUACAGCGCCAGGUACCGGUCAGUGAGCAGGAGUGGGAGUGUUGCUUUGACCCUGAAGGCCGAGUGAUCAAUGAAGAUGUCUUGAAGAAGCGUAUCUUUUCUGGAGUAAGUGUGAAGGAACAGAAUUGGCUUCAACCUAGUUAAGAGUCGUUAGUUAGCAUGUAAAUACUUGGGGGACAUGAAGUUUUUUUUUUUGUUUGCUACUAUUUAACAUUGAAUGUCUUAUUUUUCCUAUGUAAAUUUAGAUUGUUUUUGACCAUCAUUGAAAUUCCAACAGAACAAGAAAGUAUAUAUGAGACAAAGUAGUAACAUAUAUUGCCUCAUUGGUAAAAUGUAACAAAGGGUGGUGCUUUGAACAACUUCCAUUACCCAUAUGCUGUUGCAAGCAACGGCUGAUGGCAGUGGACAUUUUACUGUAAAGUGCACAAAUAAUGUCUAUGGAAUUUUAUUGCUAAUAUGUAUCAUUCAUGGAAGAUCCUGCAGUUUUGUGCAAUAUAGAUCCCCUAUUUAGUACCUUGGUAUUCUAAGGUGAUAGAUUUAAGAAAGAAUAUCUACCUUCUGUUUCUCCCCAUACCUCAGAUGUCAUUAUGGAACCUGACAUGUCAAUGCUGCAGUGUUUUUGCAAAAACAAACAAACCCUCAAGUGACCGUUGAGCCUAACGGUCAAAUAUUGAAAGAUGUAUUCGGUCUCUGACAUCUUUUCUGCUGAUACGGAACACUGGUUAUUGCUCCCUUGCGUGUUCUUGUUACUGCUAAAUGAGUCAGAAUUCUGGGAUAUUUACACAAAUCGAGAUUGGCCAACCUAAACUGUUAUCCUUUCUUAUUAUGAAUCUACCAUGUUUGCUAAGUUCAAGAAUGCUUGUUGUUGAUAGCGCUUUUUUUUAAUUGAUUCCAGGGCCUUAGUCUAGGGCUGAGAAAAGAAGCCUGGAAAUUUCUCCUUGGAUAUUAUCCAUGGGAUAGCACAACUGAAGAGCGCAAGAGUUUGGUUAAGAAAAAGACGUAAGACUAUGUUCACUGUUGUGGCCCUGUGAUCUCCAGUUUAUUGUGAACGAAUUACAUCUUUCUUUUUUUGUAGGAUGGCAUAAUUCUCUUUAUUGCACGAACUAACUAUGAUACUUCUCAUCAUUUGAAUGUGGGUCUCUGCACGCUUUCAUUGGCACCUAAAAUGCAGAGAUCCUAAAGCAACAUAUUUUAUUAAAACAUUUGCUAGCACAAUACCUUACAGACUUUAUAUGUUGUGCUCUUAAAAGACAUUUUGCGUGAAAGAUGCUUUCUCCAUAAAUCCACCAGAAGGACUGGUUUAAGAUUAAUUUUACAUAUACAACCAAUAAACACAGAUUUUCUAUGAGCUCUGACUGCUAGGUGAUGAAGAUGUAGAUGGUAGCUUUUUCAUUUUCUUUGGCGUUUGUGUGUCUUUUUAAAUACUGCAUAGGGAAAAAGAAAUGUAUAGUUUUAUUUAUUUUGCGGUUUUCUUUUUAUCUAUUUGUAUUGAGCUGUAAAUGUUUUGCUCACAUAUGUUUUUUUUUUUUUGCCUUGAAUAUAUUCCUUUUAAAAGCAUCUAUCUAUUAUCACAUAUAUAGAUUUACUAUUUAUUUAUUUAUUCAAUAUUCACAAUCCUAUUCAGUUUUCCUCAUUUAAGAUCAUAUUUCUACUGCAGCACACAGAUCUGGAUAUUUGGAUGUGAAUUGUGAGCAGAUUCCGUGUAAUAUGGCGAUAGAACCGGUUAGACAUUUUACCUGCUGUCAUUAAAUUUAGUUCCUUUCCAAAUAGACCACAGUCAGGGUUUGCGUGCCCAUUAACCACUUCAGUCCCUUAGGAUCCUGCAACACAACACAAACCAAUCUGCUACUUGCCUUGCUUGUAAAAGUCUAGUUAACACUCUCCCUCUCCCACACAUGUGACAAGUUGUAAACUGCAGCUAAACAAAACAGAGUGAUAGCAUGGGCUAAAUGCCAUCUCCAUGGGAUACUGCUUAACACAUGGCUCUAUGUUUCUCUCGCUGUUACCAGAGAUGAGUAUUUCCGCAUGAAGCUGCAGUGGAAAUCUGUGACGGAGGAUCAGGAGAAGAGGAACUCAUUGCUGAGAGGUUACCGCAGUCUCAUAGGUUGGUUUAAAAAAAAAAAAAAAAAAAAAGACACUUGCUGUGACAUUAAAGGGAUAGCAUUCUGAAAAAUAACCUGUUGUACAAAGAUUUGUAAUAACAGGGAUUAUUUGUCAGGCUAUGCAUUUUAGAUUCAGUUAAUCUUGGGGCUGCCACAGGAAACCCACAGUCCCUUUAAAAAGACACUGAUGAACCCACUGUUUACUGAACAUAUCAGAGAUGAGCCAGGUUGAACUACCAUGGUUUGUAAUCAUAAUUCAGAUUUGAAAAAAAGUUGCAAAACACACAGAUAUUUACCUAAGUGUGGCUUCAAUGUGACUUUCAAAUUCAAGGCUAAAAUAGCCAAAUUGGAAACAAUCUGUAAGCCAGCUAUAUUUAAAGUUCGGCUGCUUUGGCCUAAAAUUUGAAAUUCACUUUAAGUUCUCACUUUAGUGAAUAACCGUGACCAUUAUUAUCGAGUUUCCACGAGGAAGCUUUGAAUAUAUGAAGAAUUGAAUUUAAGGCGUCCAAGAUUUCAGGAUAUAUCCCGGCCUGUCUAAUUUUUUUUCUCAAAUUUUUUUUUGCGUCUGGGAUGAGCCAACUUGAUGCUGUAUUUUGAGUUUAUAAAUUCUGCUAGAUGAAAAUUCUUGAAAUUAUUAACCUAAAGCAAUCUACACACUAGACAACUGAAUAAGGAGCAUGUACCUAGAAUAGAUAAAAACCUAUAAGCCCAUAAAUAUUGCUCCCUUGGUUCUGUCUUACGGUGACCUUUUCCUUAAUUGAGCCCUUCCAAAGGAAACCUUUCUGUGAGCACAUCACAUCUGAAAUGAACGCCCACAAUGCGGACAUCUUAAAGUAAAACAUUUUAUUAAUACCUUUGCUAGCACCAUAUUUUGGGGAAAUGUUGUGCUCUGUGAAGUCAUUUUUGCUGACAGGUGAUCUUUAAAGGACACUCUAAGGACCAUAGCCACUACAGCUAAUCCAGUAAUAUAGACAGUGAUUCUUACUGUGUGCUUCCCACUUCAUAUUUAAUACUUCAUGUAGCCUCUUGGAUAUUUAAAGGACCACUAUAGUGCCAGGAAAACAAACUAGUUUUCCUUGCUAGUGCCCCUACCCUCGUGGCCCUCCUCCCGCCGGGCUGAAGUUGGAGGAAGGGGUUAAAUCACUUACCUUUCUCCAGUGCCGGGCUUCCUCGGCGCUAGGGACUCUCCUUCUCCUUCCGAUGUCAUCGGCUGAAUGCGCAUGCGCGGCAAGAGCCGCACGCGCAUUCAGUCAGUCCAUAGGAAAGCAUCUUUUCACUGUGAUUUUCACAGUGAGAAUCACGGAAGUGCCUCUAGCGGCUGUCAGUGAGACAGCCACUAGAGGCUGGAUUAACCCUAUUAUAAACAUAGCAGUUUCUCUGAAACUGCUAUGCUUACAGCAGGCAGGGUUAACCCUAGAGGGACCUGGCACCCAGACCACUUCAUUGAGCUGAAGUGGUCUGGGUGCCUAUAGUGGUCCUUUAAAUGACUUUUCUAGCAUUGUUUGCAGUUUGUAUUAAUUAUUCCAUUAAAGCUUCACGUCUGUUUGUUGCAGAAAGAGAUGUCAGCCGGACUGAUCGUAACAACAAAUUCUAUGAAGGAAAUGACAAUCCAGGGCUAGUUCUUCUCAACGAUGUGUUAAUGACCUACUGUAUGUUUAACUUUGAUUUGGGUACGUGGCACAUAUGACUGGAAUCCCAAUACUCUGUUCCAUGCUAUCCUGACUAGCCACUGUCUUGUAUUAGUAUCUAAUCUCUCUAAUCACUGUCCUUUUUAAAAAAUCUCCUAUUAGUCUGUCUUUGUUCUUUUUAUUUCUUCUUCUUCCUUUCUAAUAUCGCUAUCCACUGUUCUUUUACUCUGGAAUCUUUCCCCCUGUACACUUUAAUUUACUAAUCUUACUGGCUGCUUUUCUCUUUUAGGUUACGUGCAAGGAAUGAGUGACCUGAUAUCUCCUAUCCUGUAUGUUAUUCAGAACGAGGUAGAUGCAUUCUGGUGUUUCACAGGAUUUAUGGAGCUGGUGGUGAGUGUACUGAACCCAAGUUCUAAAAUAAUAUAAUCUGUAACUAAUAAUUGUAAUAGCUUAAAGGGACACUGUAGUCACCCAGACCACUUCAGCUCAAUAAAGUGGUCUGGGUGCCAGGUCCCUCAGGUUUUAACCCUUCAGAUGCAAACAUAGCAGUUUCAGAGAAACUGCUAUGUUUACAUUUGGGGUUAAUCCAGCCUCUAGUGGCUGUCUUCCGGACAGCCACUAGAGGCACAUCUGAGACACUGGAGGCACAUUUCGCCUCCAUCACGCAGAGCGUCCAUAGGAAAGCAUUGAGAAAUGCUUUCCUAUGGACACUUUGAAUGCGCACGGCACUUGCCGCGCAUGCGCAUUCGGCUACGCUGACGUCGGCAGUCGAGGAGAGGUGACUAGCGCUGGAAUAAGGUAAGCUGCUGAAGGGGUUUUAACCCCUUCACCGCCACGGGAGGGGGACCCUGAGGGUGGGGGCACCCUCAGGGCACUGUAGUGUCAGAAAACCGCUUUGUUUUCCUUACACUAUAGUGAUCCUUUAAGAUUGUUGCAAAAAUAUAUAUAAUUAAUGUAUUAUCCUUGAAGCUGUAUUUCAAAUGUCUGUUAGUAAUAACAAUAAGAAAUCUAAGAACAUAGAAGCAUUUCAUUUUCAUUUCAGCACCACAACUUUGAGGAAAGCCAGGAGAGUAUGAAGAAGCAGUUAGCCCAGCUGAACCUCCUUUUGCGUGUUCUGGAUCCUGCGCUCUGUGAUUUCCUGGGUAAAGCAUAUCUUUGUCAUGCUCCGAAAGUGAUUUAGCUUAAAUCACACUAAUCAGAAGCAUAAUAAGGGUUAUUCACCAAAGUGGGAAUUGUUGGGUUUUCAAAGUGAACUCAAAAUAAAUCUAAAAUCGGAGGACAAAUUAGCCAAAACUUGAUGCGUAGCUGACUUGGAGACAUUUUCUAGUUUGGCAACAAUUAAGUGUUUCUUUCCUUAAUACUAUUAAAAACUGAUAUUUUGUUUUCUUUCCAUUCCCCUUGUCUCCUGCAGAGACAAACAAUCAUGUUUUCAGUUGGUGUUGUACAUGCUGUGAGAUACACCUCUCCUGCAUGAACCAGCUUGGGAAACACAGACUUGCUUCCCUUAAAAGUCCUCAACAAUUUAUGUUGGCUUUGUGUAAAUAAAACGUAUCCAUUCGUCGAUUGCCUGUCCAAAGCUGCUGCAUUAAAUCGUUCUGGUGGUUUCUCUCCUCUCUUCCUGCUGCUUUCACACACAGGGCCGGCGUUUCCUAUAGGCAGUCACAGUGUGUGAGCACUUCCUGUCAGUCCGGCCGGAUACAGGAAACAGAAGCUCCUGUACUGCAGAUCGGACCGGAGCUCGGCCACGCUACAACAGUGCUAUGGGGGUGGGUGGGGAGACCAAUGAGGGGAGAGACCACUGAGGGAGGCAAUGGGGGAGAGACCACUGAGGGAGGGGAAUGGGGAGAGACACUGGGGACCACUGAGGAGGAGAGACUGCGGGGAGACCACUGAGGGAGGGGGAGAGAGACCUAGGGGAGACCACUGAGGGAGGGGGAGAGAGCACUAAGGGGAGGAGACCACCAGGGAGGGGAGGGAGUCCACUGAGGGGAAGAGACCACUAAGGAGGGGAGACCACUAACGGGGAGAGUCCACUGAGGGAGGGAGAGAGAAGGGGGACCAGGGAGAGGCGGGGGGGAGAGACCAUCGAGGGAGGGGGAAUGUGGGUGAGACCACCAUGGGAGGACGGUGAGAAGAAACCAAGGGAAGGGUGGGGGCUUAGAAGAGAUCACUAUGGGCGGGUGGAGGAGAGACCACUAGGGUAUGGAUGGGUGAGGAGAGACCACUAGGGUAUGGAUGGGGAGUGAGGUGAGACCACAAGGGUAUGGAUGGGGGGGCGAGUAGAGACCACUAGGGGAGGGUGGGGGAGAGGAGGUCACUAAGGGGGCAGAGGAGAGAAAGUCCACUAAGGGUGAGGGGAGACCACAAGGGGAAGAGGAGAGACCAUUGGGGGGAGGAGGGGAGAGACCACUAAUGCAAAGGGGAGAGGAGAGACAACUAAUGGGAGGGGGGCAGAGGAGAGCAGAGACCACUAAAGGGGAGGGGCAAGAGGAGAGUUCACUAAUGGAAAGGGGGGGGGGAGAAGAGGAGAGUACACUAAUACAUUUACACCCUUACACACUGAUUCUUCAGCUCUUGUUCUUCCUGUUUCUCUGAAAUUGGUUGAACAUAACCUCUGAAGACUGUGAGACACUUGGGGACACUGGGAGACUUAGGGACACUGAGAGUAUGUAUCACAGUGUCCCUAUGUAUCACAGUGUCAUGGGGACACUGUGAAUCAGUGCCCCAUGUCUCUGUGUCCCCAUGUUGCCCAGUGUCCCCCAGUGUCUGUGCCCCCAUGUCACUAGGGGACACUGAAAGUCAUGGGGUCUCUGAGAGUCAUGAGGACACUGAGACACUAGGAGACAUGGGCACACAGACACCAGGAACACUGGCUGGGAGACAUGGGGACACUGAGACACUUGGGAACAUUGUGCCCCUAGUGUCUGUGUCCCCAUGUCUCCCAGUGUCCCCAUGUGUGUCUGUUUCCCCAUGUCUGUGUCCCAUGUGUCUGUCUCCAUUUCUCCCAGCGUCCCCUAGUGUCUGUGUCCCCAUACCUCAGUGUCCCUAAGUGUCCCCAUGUGUGUCUGUUUUCCCAAGUAUCUGUUUCCCCAUGUCUCCCAGCGUUCCCAUGUUUUAGUAUCCUCAAGUGUCCCUAUGUGUGUCUGUGUCCCCAGAGAUCUCCCUGUGUCCCCAAGUCUCACAUUGUCCCCUAGUGUCUCAGUGUCUCUAUGUCUCCCUGCAGCCUUUACCCCAUCCCUCAUUUUUCUGAGGUGUAGGCUGUCUCUGCAGGCUGGGAGCUGCUGUCUGGAUUCUCUGUGCUGUUAGCUGCUCCCCCGUGGAUCAGUGAGUAGAGAGAUGCAGGUAUAUGCUGUAACUUCCUAUCCCUGCCUCUCUCCACACACACAGCGACUGGCUGGUUGGCUGGUAUUGCAGAGUAAUUUCUGUUUGUAUUGCCGGUAUUACUGCAAUAUCGGCACCCUUCAGGCAACCUCAAAUAAAUACUGGCUAGGUGGCAACCCUAAGAGUAGUUUGGUAAAAAAUAUAUAUAUAUAUAUAUAUAUAUAUAUAUAUAUAUAUAUAUAUUUUUUUUUUUUUUUUUAAAUCAAUGGAACUAUUGUAUGGGCCUGGAGCUGCAGCUCCAUCAUCCCCUAUGUUAAUCCGGCCCUGGGGCCAAUCUCUCCAUAACUACUCGAAUCAGCAACAGAAAAAGAAAACAUUACAUGGCUUAUUUCAGUAGGUAAAUACUUUAAUUUGUAUAUACGACAAACCCAAGUUUUUAAUCAGAUAGCAGUUAGCAUGUUCAGCUGAUAAAUAGUCGGAAAUUUAAAAUCUGGACCUUGAUUUUUAGCAUGUGGGUCCAUAUUUCAGCUAUCCAGCAGUAUUCGGUCCUGUGGAAAUCCUGACAUAAUUCUUUGUUAAAUACUGUGAACAAUGUCUAUUGUAGUCGGCAUGGCCCCAUACAUAACAAAAUGUUUUUGCCCUGUUCGGUGUGGAGCCAUUUGGAGUUUAGCAAAUGACACCUGUCUGUUUUUAUGCAGCUGUUAUCCCUUCUCUUAGGUGUGUCUAACAGGAGUUGCUGUUUUGAAAAAGGACAAAUAUAUGACUGGUUGUUCAUGCCUAUCAGUACAUUGACAAAUUUAAAUUCAUACAGUGUAUUCUUUUAUUUAUUUAACCCUUCACUACUGCAAACUGUUGUUACACGUGAGCACCCUUAUCCUGGUAUUUUUUUUUUUAUUUUUUUUUUGCUAUUCUGAAAUGUAAGAUGUGCAUUUAUUUUUCAUUGCAAUGGAUACAAAUGUCACAUUAUAGCAAAACUAUUAUAUUGUUUGUUUAUUCUUGUUUUAAUGGACAGUGAUAAGCAACUUCUAUAAGUCAGAUAAUAAUUAUAAUAAUAUCCUAAUACAUAGAAUAAUAAUAUAUCUGAAAAUAUAAUCGGAUACGAUAAUCUUGUGUUUUAUUGGCAAGUUUUUUUAAAAAUGAUGAGCAAAGUGUAUACAAAGAAUUGAGGUAUGGAUGUAAAUCUAAUUUUUUUUUGUUUGUUUUUUUUUAAUCAGAUUCCAAGGAAUCAGGCAAUUUAAGCUGCUGCUUUCGAUGGCUUCUUAUCUGGUUUAAACGUGAAUUUGCAUUCCAAGACAUCCUUCUUCUUUGGGAGGUCAGAGCAUUAUUUUUAUUUUAUUUUUUUUGCUAUCAGUGUAAACCAUAUCUUUAGAAAAUAUUAAUUUUGGCAAUACAUGACAAAAGGCAGAACUUCAGCCGUCAGCUUUGUCAUUUCUAUUUGCUAUUGAUAGUGAUGGCUAUGGUAAAAGACACACCAAUUUCUAUAGAGGACAUGGCAGUCUAUUGGGAUCUUCUGUUGUACUCUUACAAAAGUGAGAGAGCUCAAGGGUAACAGAGCUCCUAGCGGAUUAAAUACCAAGAAUUGGUUAAUUCUUCAAAAGAAAGAAGGUGGUGCCGGUGAGGGAGAGUUUCAGGUAAAUAUAUAUUUUAGCUUCUCUACACAUCAAAUGGGAAUAUCACCUUUUGACAUCUAAAAUAUGCCAAGAUGUUGAAAAUGACCGAGCCACUGCGAGUCUGCCCAUGUUACAGACCUUCCUCCUGCCCUUUUGUGAGACCAAGGAGAAGCAGAGUUAGACUUAGGCUGUCCAUUAAGUUUGGGGAAAGUAAUUUAGCAAAAAUUAAUAUAAAAAGAUAUUUAGGGCUAGGAAUAUGAAAAAAUAUUUGUGAGAGCUAGAGUUGGUUUCAGGUUAGAAUCAUAAUUGGAGUAACCAUAAUUGUACCCCUGAUCCUAGUUUUAAAUAUCAUUUUUCCUCCCUGUGGUUAGAGGCAGUAUAGACCUUAGGGAUAUUUAGCCAUCUUGCCCAGGACAGACCAUCUAUUUUGGAGGUAAAUAAAAAAUGAAAUCCCUCUCAUCUGCCCAUAAAGCUCCUGAUUACCUCUAGUUCCCAAGUUUUCUGCCUGUGGGUAGUCCCAUCACUGAACAGCACGGAGUGAGGGGGUCUGAGGCUCCUGGAGGGCUCCAUUUAGGUCUUCUUGUUGUCUUGUCAGACUUGUUGAGGUUGAUCUCUCUGCUUAUAAGAUGUUUGCUGGGUGAGUGCAUCCUUUUUAUAAUACCAUCUAUCAUAGCCGGGCGUAGGAAAUUAUGAAAGCACGCUAGUGUUGGCGUGCGGCUGGGAGGUAUUCCCGAGUGGAAUGUACAUCUGGGUGAUGUUGCGUUCCACUGCAGAUUACAAUGUGCAAAGUGACCUGAGUGCUUGGCACCAAAAUUUUGAUUGAGAAACCUUAAAUGCCACUAUUUUAAUCCAUCCACAGCUUCUGACAGCUGGGUGCUCAUUCAGAAUGUUGUUGAUGUGCUCUCACCUGCCCUCCAGGACACUAUGAGGCCUAUUAAGCAGGAACAUUUUCUAUUUUUAUUUACCUAAAGGGAUUCUGUAGUGUAAAGGAUACAAACAUUGAAAUGGUUAAACCUUUACUGUACUCACCCAAUUCCAGCGCUGAUCUUGCCUGGUGCUCGGUUGGAGUGGGGGGCCUUCAUGUGCAUGCGUGGUGAGUGCAUUAGGCCCUCCUUAUAGGAAAUACAACUGGUGCUGGAUUUUCUCAUGCAUAGCGUGAGGACGUCCAGCGUCAGGCGACCAAAAGUUGCCUAGCUGUCUGAUUGACAGCCACUAGAGGCAGUCUUAGUUCUGCAAUGUAAUUAUUGCAGUUUCUCUAAAACAAUGAGUUGAAGUGGUCUGGGUGCCUAUAGUGUCCUUUUAUGAUACUUACUCAGUUCCUUAUGCCUUGGUUUUAUUUAAUUUCUGUAUGCCCAAUUCUGAAACAAGUGAUAAACUAGUGGGAAAAAAAGGCUAGACCCUUGCCAAGACUAAACAUCUGUCAUCAUUUUUUAGCUGAUUUUAAUCUAAUCUUCAACAGACCUUUUUAGAUUUAAAAGUCUAUCUCUGAUGGUUCACACAGCUCUUCUUUUGAGUCCUUUGACUCGUUGGAUGAAUCUUUAGUUUUCCCAGAAGAAAACGUUCAUAUUUUCAAGCAUUAUGUAAUAUCAAGGAGAUUCUCAAAGGAAGCACAUAAGUAGAUAUUUUCCAUUUCAUCCUAAUUUUAAUAAAUGUAUGCCCAAGUGUCCAUUUAUAACGAACCAUUUUAAACAGUCUUCACUGUCAAAGAAAAAGACAAGGUCAUUGGAGAAUUUACCUAAUUUUGAUCUGCCUAUAGCCCAAUUAGGUAAGAAGACCACACUAACUAUAUGUUAUGUGGCAAGUUUUCAAGUUUUAAGGAAAAAAAACAACCUAAGAAAAGUGUUUUCUGUGGGAGCAGCACAAAGCUAUUUUUCUGGUUAAAUAAACAAAACAUACAAUUCUUUCAGACCAACUUUUAGAUAAAAAAUAAAAUAAAAUAAAAAGUAUUUUCAUGUGGACAAAUACUAAACCCAGGAGAUUGAAUGACAUCACUGGAUUUGUAAGAUGCCUACCUACACAUACCAAUUUUUUCUCCAUGCAGAAAGUUUCUCUGCUUUUGUAUUGUACGAGCUUUGCCAUUUGGCGUCACUUUGGCUACAAGAGUAUUUACUAAAAUUUUGGGUCUACUUGCCUCACACUUAAGGAAACCCUCAUUCCUUAUUUAGAUGACUGGAUAAUACUAGCACCCUUUAGAGACAGGCUUCUACGAGAUAUCAACACUACAAUUGAAUGCCUCAAAGAACAUGGAUAGAUCCUGAAUUGGGACAAAUCUCAGUUGAAUCCUGUCAAAAGAAUCCAAUUCCUGGGGUUAUUCGUAGAUUCUACACUCAUGAAGAUAAUUCUUCCAUUGGAAAAAUAAAAAACUGAUCCAGAUUCUCAAGUCUCUGUCCAGAAAGAAUUGAAGUGUAAGAGGGGCAAUGAGGGCACUUGGCCUAUUGACUUCAACAAUCCCAGCGGUCAAGUGGGCAAAAGCCAGAAUGAGGUCCUUGCAAACCAAUAUUCUGACAGAGUGGAAUUCUGAUUCUUCACUAAAUAACAUUUGGGAGUUGACUAUCAAGACUUUCAGUUGGUGGAUCAAGAUUCCUUUCAUGUCUGAAGGUCUGUCUUUUAAACUAAAAGAAUGGAAAAUAGUUGCGAUGGAUGCUUCAAUGUCCAGAUGGGGCACCCAUAUGGAUCAUAGAGCUGAGGUAUAUGGAAAACGCAAGACAGAAGGAAAUUCUCAAGUUUCAGAGAGUUAAAGGCUGUUCUUCUGGCUCUCAGGAGUUUUGGAAACCUAAUUUGAAAGAAAGACGUGCUAAUAAGAUCGGACAACAUAGUCGCAGUAGACUACCUAAACAACAACUGCUGCACCCGUGCCCCUCCUUUGCUCUUCUAUGUUCUCAAAUAAUGUAUUAGGCAGAAAAUUAUCUGAAUUCUAAUUCAGCAGUGUUCAUCAGAAGAAUGACAAAUACCUUGGCAGAUGCAGUCAACAGAGAUCUAAGACCAGAUUGGUCCCUUUCUUCAUGAAUUUUUAAUCUAAUAAGGUUUGGAACUCUUUCAAUAGACCUGAUAGCUAUCAGGCAAAACAGAAAAUGCAAAACCUCUCCAUGUCUUGGAAUUUCCAUAUAGCCUACAUAUUUCCAGUAUUGCCACUAAUUUAAAAAAUGUUGCAGAAAAUCAAGAAAGACAAAUCACUGAAUAUGUUAAUCCUACCUUACUGGCCAACAAGGACUUGGUUCUCAACUCUCAUAAACCUGUCUGGAAUAUCUGGAUUCUACCAGUUCAGGGGUAUAUUCUGGAAUACGACCUGGUUCCCGUUGACACUCUACAAAUGUUUUUUCUCACUGCCUGGCUUCUGAAUGCCAGAUCCUGAUGGAUAUAGGCCUGGAUCCAGAAGUAAUUUAUAUAUUUGUACAGGCUACAAAAGAAUCCACAACCAACUCUCAUAUUGUAUUAAAAGAGGCACAAAUGCGUGACUCUACUUUCUGACCAGUUUUAUUGCCACUGUCUGAGUUGUGGGGUUUUCAGUGAUAUUUAAGUAGCCGUCACGUUUUUGGUUAUACAUGAUCCCAGUUGUUUCUGCUCCUCUUUCUGGUGGGUGACAUUCACUUUUUUCUGGGUCUCCAGGAGUUCGGUCUUCCAAACCUUCUUUAAAUCAAACAUCAGUUGUUUUAUAUCACCCUUUGUAGAGAGAGAAGAAUCCUGAGUUGGACUCUUGAUGAACUCACCCUGGUCGAGAUGAGACGAGUGACUCCUUGUCUUCUUGUGACUACUCAGAGGCCCCCACAUCUCUGCGUGCCUUGGUUGCUAUUUUGGGAGGUAUCUAUAGCGUGGGCCUCUUGAAAGGAAAGCCUGAUAUCAGGCAAUCUGGAGCUCUCAGGGUGGCGAGACUUCUUAUGCUUGUAGCCCAUAGUGUCUUCUGGGGGACGGUAUAGAUUGUCGGUCUGUUUGGAGCCUGUGAACUGGAUAAAGUCGACUUUACAGUGGGGUAAAUGCUGGUGCUCAGUUGGCAACGCCCCCUUCUCCUUUUUCUAUGCUCUCUCUAUGUUGCCAAACAGGUGCAAAGUGAAUAGCUUAUACCAAUGAUUACUAGGGAGCCAAGAUGGAAACUCUAUUCCAGGAUAGAUGUAAAACAGUAAUGUGCAUUUCUGCAUUUAUUUUCAUUUUUCAUAUUGCAUAAAACAUUUGUUAAAUGUAAGGGCUGAGAAACAUACUACUUAAAAUCCUGGAAAGUAAUGCUUCCUCUUUAAAUAACAUCUUGGCAAAGUAAUCCUGCAGAAAAUAACAAUACGUCAUUAUCAGUUGACUCCAAAAAAAACAAAACAAAAAAAUCUUAUGUGUUUCCCUGGUAACGUGCUCUCUUUCCUGACGCAAUGUUGCAUCAUUUUCAGCUGCCUGAGGGCAAAUGAGAAACUAUAGGAACUGGAGUUUGACACUUACAGGCAUCAUGAAAAUCUAGCUUCACGUAACCUCCUGUAUUUGCAAACAUUGAAUUAUCUGUUAUUUUCUCCCAGGGAUAUUGUUUUACAUAAAUUACCGGCUGAGAGCGGGAAAUUGUAGAAAUUAGCAACAAAUUAACAACAAAGUGAAAAUGAUUAAUUUUUAAAAUUUUACUUUGCUGUGCUGUUAAGACAUGUAUUAUGCAGAAUAAUCUCAUGGCACGCAGUAUAAUGCUUAACACAGAUAUAGUUAAUCCGCCCUGGGUUCUACAUAUCUCUUUUGUAUUGAAAAGAUUCCAGACUCCCACAUAUCAGAUGUUCUUAUGUGAAAACCUACACAGAUCUUAAAGGAGAAGCCAGUAGUCUGUGAUUGGAAUCCCGUAGUGUAAGCACAUGCAUUGAUAUCCUUUUUUUUCUCCACAAUUAAGGUUCUUUGGACUGGUCUUCCAUGCCCGAACUUUCACCUCCUCAUUGGCUGUGGGAUUCUGGAUCUAGAAAGGGAAGCACUCAUGCAUUCUGACUAUGGCUUCAAUGAGAUCCUUAAGGUAUGUUAGGCUGUCUUGUGCUAUCAUUUUACUGUCCGCAAUAGCUUAUGGUUAAUAUUUAUGUUGUUUAGUGCUAAGUUAGUCAAGAUCUCCAUCAGCUAAAGAGACAUUUCCAUUUAACUUUAGAUCUAUUGACGUUAAGCUCAUCGUAUCAGAAACAAUUGAAUUAAGAUGUAAAAAGCUUUAUUGGGAGCAAAAGUUGUUUGCAGCAAAAUAAUGGUGAAAAAAAAAGAAAAAUGCAUGUAGUUUUGUAUUGUGUGCACACAAUGCUUAGAUAUUUCAAUGUAAGAAGUCUAGCUAUUUCUAAAAGUAAUUCUAAAGUGUCUAUUGAGAGGGCUGCUGCCACUGUAGAUCUUGCUUUAGCAAUGUCGAGAGAUUCUUUAUUUUUUUUUAUAUUAUACUGCCUCUCAUGGUCUCUUGACCAUGACUUCCUGUUAUAGCACAUAUCUACAGUUCUGUCUUCAAAUGCAGAUUAGACCAUAUUGCUGUAAUGUUCAAUGCAGUAGACCUUUGUGAACAGAAGAAUUUGAUUAAAUAAAAAUAUACAUAAAAAUAUAUAAAAUCACAAAUGCAAAUUUACAUAAUACUAUUAUUGUUUCUUCUUGUUUGUUCUUUUUUUUUUUCUCACUCCAACAUUUCUUUUGCCCUCCUUGUGAUCCUCCAGACCUUUAUUUAUCUGUCUUUUUGUUUCUGUUCAGCACAUUAACGAGCUGACCAUGAAGAUGAGCGUGGAGGACAUUCUGUGUCGGGCUGAAGCGCUGCAUCAGCAGUUGGCACACUGUCAGGUGAGCACCGAGGUUACUGCUGCUUGUGCCGCAGAACUGUUAGGAGUCUGUGACCUGUCCAUCUUCUGACAUUUCGCCAACUGCCCCUGGGCCGGUAUUGUUUGCUCCUUCGUUCAUAGAUUUAGCAUUCUGAAUAAAGAGCUUAAAGUAAGAGAUUUUAAUACCGUGAAAUAUAUAAUUAAAAAAAACAUGCACUGGAUUUCAGUGGGUGACAGAAGCAUUUAAAGUGUGCACCUGACCCUUGAGGUUGUAUUUGGUUUAGUGACUGAUUAUUUAGAAAUGAUUUAACUUAGUGUAAAGGCUGCCAAUCUGAAAAGUAUUUGCGUAAAUGUAAUGACCACCGGGGAACUAUUUGUGUUUGUGUAUUGACUGGCCAUAUGAACAUUAUUUUUGCUAAUGUGGUGACUGGUGAAAUAGAAAGAAUUUUGGCUAGUGUGGUGACAGACCACGUAAGAAGGAUUUGGCUAGCAUAGUGACUGAUCAUCUGGAAAGGAUUUAAUUUAGGUUAGUGACAUCACUGUAAGGUUGAUCUGGGGUAUUGUAGUAAAUGAGUUAAUAAAAUGUUUGACCUCUGUAAAAGAAAGCCAGCUCUAGAUUUGCAUUUUUGUUAAUUGAGUGACUGAGCACUUGACUUGGUUCUCAGUUAACUGAGUGACUGACCAAUGGGGAUGAAUUUUGAGUUACGCAGUGAUCAGCCAGCAGGAUUGUGUGUGGAUGCAAUGAUUGGUUAGUGGGAUUGGAAUUAAGUUAAUGCAGCGACUGACUCCUGCUAUUUAGUUUAGGUUAGGAUCGUGACUGGAUCUGAGUUAAUGCGUUAUUAUUAUUAUCGUUAUUAUCAGAUAUAGUGCCAAUAUAUCCCACAGUGCUUUGCAAUGACCAUAUAAAACCAGCAAAUAAUUGAGAAACAAAUAAAGAGGUCCAUGCUCUGAUGAGUUUGUUCUAAAAGUUGAGAAGUAUAAGAACAGUAGACAAAGAACAGCUUUUAAUAGGGGAGGACAGAAUGUUGAAGGAAUUCUUAAAACACUAUUGACUAGGGGAAGGUAUGAUAGAAUGAUGCUGUCAUUGAGAAGUCCUGAGCACUUGAGAGUAAGAGAAGAAAUGUAAUGAGGGGUAGAGUUGUUGGAAGCUUGACUAGGGGAAGGUAUGAUAAAAUGAGCUAAGCAUUCCAUGGCAAUGAAGCUGUCAUUGAGAAGUUCUGAGUACUUGUGAGUAAGAGAAGAAACGUAAUGAGGGGAAGAGUUGCUGGAAGCUUUAUAGGUUAGUGGCAGCAUAUUAAAUUGCACAAUAAAUGGUACAGGAAGCGGAGAGAUGUGAGAUUAUCAGCACUAAGGGAAGUUAAAUCUGGUAGCAGCAUUAGUUGUAUAUUGUAAUCAGACAUUGUGGAUUCUGGGAGACCAUAGUGAGUCAUGUGCAGUUAUUGAGACAGGGAAUGUAGCGCAUGGACAUGUGCUUUAGUUCAAUCAAAGUUAGAAAGGGAAGCUUAUGAGUAUUAUGGUUGAGGUGAAAGACUGAAUGAAUGUGGGGAGUGAGACCAGAGUCAUAACCAAGGCAGGAAGAUUGCAGAGUUAGGUUAAUGACUAUGGAGCAACACUGGAGGGUUGGUUUUCAAAAGAGGAAAGAUGAGCUCAGUUUUGGGCCUAGGUGUCUCUGUAACACCUUGCUAUCUUUUGGUUGUUAAGGACAGGGUUCAUAUGGAGCCUUCCCUUGGUUUCAUAUUGUUAUAUUUUCUGCUGGUUUCUAAUAGUGAGUAUAUGCAGAAAACAAGUAGUAGAAUUUAUGCUGGCCACAGUAAAUCCAUUAUCCCCACCGGAUCACCAAGGGCUGCCAUCUCUCCUCCCCAGGAUUGACAGUAAGUGCAGACUGAGCAGUGAUGGAAUCCCCAAAAAAUCCUGAAUAAAUGGUUCCUCCCACUACCUUAUUAAACUACGGGUUCAUCCAUUACUUUUCUUACUAAAUCAAUAAUAUUGGGAAAUAAAGCAAAUUUAGAUUUUCUUUCCUUUUGCCAAUAAUUCCAAGUCUUCUGCUCUGCUAUUUCUGUUCUGUUUUGUGCAUGGUACUCCCCGCUUAGCUACACCAGCUCACUUGCAGACACAUUUUAAGCUUCUUAGUAAGAAAAUGAAUGAGUUCUGAUAUUCAAGGGCACAGCAAUGGAAAAUGCAGUGCAGGGACUGGGUCACCCACUGAAAUCCAGUGCAAUCGAAACAUAGAUUGACAACUCAGUGUUUGGCUAGCUAAUCAAUCCGAGGGCAGCAUAUUCUCUUGCUCUCCUAAUAUUCCCGAGUUAUUGGCUGUUUUUUGUUUAUAUGAAGAUCUAGAGGAAAAUGUCUACAAAAGGUUUUUUCCCAUAACCAUGAUAGGAUGUAUUUUUAUAUUUUAGGCCACAAAAACUGAAAUGGAAAGUUCUUACAAGUUUGCUAUGCUAUAAUUUCAGCUGUUUUCUAAAACGUAAAAUGCAGUUGGAUUCUCUUUGAAUUCCCCAUAUGUUCACACUUUAGUGAAUAACUGUAUGGCUUAUAAUUAAUUGCCAGCAGGUAGUGAUGUCCCGAACGGUUCGCCGCGGACGGCGAACAUAUGCGCUGUUCGGUCCGCCCCCUAUGUCAUCAUUGGGUAAACUUUGACCCUGUACCUCACAGUCAGCAGACACAUUCCAGCCAAUCAGCAGCAGCAGACCCUCCCUGCCAGACCCUCCCACCUCUUGGACAGCUCACUAAGAAUGCAGCUUCACAAUGAAUGUAAAAUGGAUGCUGUCCAGGAGGUGGGAGGGAGGGUCUGCUGCUGAUUGGCUGGAAUGUGUCUGCUGACUGUGAGGUACAGGGUCAAAGUUUACUUUGAUGACAUAGGGGGCGGACCGAACAUCGCAUAUGUUCGCCGUCCGUGGCGAACCGUUCGGGACAUCACUACCAGCAGAGUAAUAAACAAAGGCCAAAACAUCACUAAGUUGACCGAAACGAGAACAUUCACUAGUUCGUAGACCUCUUUUAUUUGGGUUGUAAAUACACAGAGAGAUUAUGAAUGCAUAUUUUCAUUGUGUUUGUUUUUUUCCCAUUAUUUUUUUUUUCUCACUCACAGGAAUUACCUCUUAAUGUUAAAGAGCUUCUUGGCCUGGUAGAAAUCAAGAGUCCAGCCCCCAGCACAGACACAGCCAGCCCUCCCCAGCCCCUCUCACCAAGCCAGGUCCACGAACUGGAUCUCACUGACAGCGUGUCGCCCAGCCAGCCUGACAGCAGUAUUGAAAUCCUGCCCACAGAGGAUACUACAACCUCGCAAAGUCUGUCACCUUGACCAGUUGACUUUUACACCAAACUCCCUUCUCCAGGCACCUUAACAUCUCCGCUCCAUGUGCACUUACAUUAACUGAUGCUGUUAUAAGACUUGUUACUUAAGUAACGCACAAAGGCUUCUGCACUCCUAACUCUGUCUUGUACAUAGUCACUGCCCUUUAUUUUUUCCUUUUUCGUCAUUAGGAACGGGCAGAAGCAAUAACGUUACGAUCAUAACUCAUGUGUGACUGUUUGGACUAUCAUUUUUAUCUCCUCGCUGACUUGUUAAUACACAUUACAACAUUUGUCAACGAAAAAUGCUCAUUGACUGAAAGUCUCCACGCCUCAAUAAGUUACAAAAAAAUGAAGGUUUUUUUCAUUUAGUUCAUUCACUAGCCAGUAUGCUUUUCUAAGGGUCACAACGCAGUCUCCGGGUUUCUGUGACAAUAAGCAGAGUUGUGAAAUUUCGUUGGGGUGUUUCUCCCACAACUUUUAAUUUUUUCUUAAACUUUGCCACUUUCCGAUGUCAGGCUGUUACAUAUUGCUGUUUAGAGAAUACAUUCUCAAAUCUCGAUGUGAAUUAAGAUGGUACAAGCUAGAGUAGAAUGUAUUGGUAAGUUAUUUUUCAAACUUUAUACGGUAAGUGCAAGCUUUUACUACGGCCAUCAUUGUAAUCAUUAGGGAGCAGCAAAAAUCCUAUAAUGUCAGCAGUAGGAUGUGCCAGCAAGAUUGAUUAUCAGUCUCUUCUUUAUAUAAAAGCAAAAUGUUCUGACUUUCAGAAUUCACAGCAAACCUUUUAGUGUGAGAAUACCAAACAGGGCAUGCUGCAGGUACUGCUCCAGAACACAGCAAAUGAAGAGUUAAUUUUAAAAAACCAACAACAUUAUUCAUGUUUUUUUGCUUUAAAAGAUCAAACGUGCAGAUUAAGGUCAGAUUUAAUUAGGACAUUUUAAUCUUUUUUUUUUUUUUUUUGGGCAAAUGUAUAUUUACCAAACGUCAUAUUUAUGUGAGCUGACGACUUACUUGCAAAAAGUUUGCCAAACUAGCAAAGCUGGUACUUGGUUCAGUUCGUCUUUUUUCUGGCUUACAUUUUUGUUAACUAAAUAAAUAGCUAAAUCAAAUCCUGACGUUUUCCAGCUUCCUCGUGAACUCGCUAUAUAGAAUUCUCACGUGCAAUUAUUACCGUUUCUUAAUUCAGCUGGUGUGCUUCCACUCCGCUCUAAAGUAGUCAUAUCGAUGUAUGUUAAAAACGUGACAUAAAAGUAUUAUUUAAUCUAUACAUUUGCUUGCAAUUUCGUUGGUGAAAUGCAUAAACGAGAUGUCUCUCUAUAUAAGGGGUGUCCAAAAUGUAGAUCCCCAGAUGUUGAACUACAACUCCCAUGAUGCUUUGCCUGCCUUUUAGAAUGACAAAGUAUCAUGGAAGAUGCAGUUUUUCAACAUCUGGGAUCUCUCUUUUGGGCACCCCUGCUCUGUACAGUUGAAUCAGGUCCUGUUUGCUUGAUUGGAUUAUGAAUAUAUUCAUUGCAAAUAACACUAUUCAUGUUAUUCACUAAAGACUGAAUUGCUGAGUGACUUUCAUGUUUUGGGCCGAAAUAGCCAAAUUGGAACCAAAACUGACUUGGAGAAUAUUUUUAAUUCAGAUUUUGACCUAAAAUGUGGAAAUAAUUUUACUGAAGUAUGCUGUGAGAUUUGAAAGUAAAAUACUUAACGGCGCAGUUUGCUGUUGCCAUAGAAAUCAUAGAAAUCCAAUCAAUGUUAUCCUUUUUACAUCUACUAUUAUGAUAUAUUAUGGUUACAUAUAGAAAGUUACUAGACAGAGGCAAAGUAUGUAAUUGACUGGCUGUUUGCAUUUGCCACAGUGAAACCCUUUGUAGUGCGCUUUGUUUGUGACUCCAGCUGAAAGUGUAGAAAUUAUUUAGCAACUUUUGUGUGUCACUGAAAAGACUCGACAAUACAUGCAACUGAAGUAUGUUGUUAUGCAGUCAAUGAAGCAUAUAAAGGCGUACUAACUAUUUAAUGCAGUUUGUCACAGUGACCGUUCACAAGUAAAUUGCAGUAAUGAGUUAAAAAAAAAAGGGCUUAAAGCAUUUAGUACAGUAAUUGUUAUUUUAAGUAUACCUAAAAAAACUGCUUUUAAACUACGGCAUUUUUCUGUUUCUGCUUAGCACUCCGCUGCCUGACAGAUGACAGUCUUAAAAGGCUUCAGUUUAAUCUUAUAUUGACAUGCACUUUGAGCAGUGAUUUUUCUGUUAUUUCAUUUUUUCCAUCAUUUCUGCUGAUCUCACCCCAGAUUGCUUUAGUGGAUCUGUAAAAUGAGUGGCUUCAUCUCAAACCAUUUUACUUGGUGAUCUUUAUUAACCAGUUGAAAGCACUUAAAGGGACACUAGGCACCAUCACCACUUCUUUUGAUUAGUUAUGGCGACUUGGAGUCCCCUGGAACAAUUUGGUGUUUUCGGUUAACAUUGAAUGUGUAUCCCUCGUGGCCUACAGCCGGGCAACUCUCUGCUACAUAUGGUGACUCUUUAACUAAUUGAUCUUUACAAAACGUCAUCACUUCAGGUGACCUGACCUAAUAGGAAGGGGUGAUUUUUACCUUUUAAUGCUCUCCUUGUAAUAGCUAGAGUAGGUGAUCUCCUUUCAAAUCACCUUGGAAGAACAUUUUUUUUUAGGUGACCGAAAAAAUUACUUUGCCUUAAAUUAUUAAUAGUAAUUGAUAAUUAGUAGGAGAUCGUAAAAAGAUGAGGUCACUGCAUCUCAAAAUCUUUAGGUAGGUGAUCUGUUUAUGGUGUGAUCAUUAAUUUGACAAAUUAUUCCGAUAGAAAAUCCUAAUAGGUGAUCACCCCAUGCCAAUAGGCAAUCUUUGUUAGAAGAAGUAAACUCCGUUCAUCUCCAAUUAAUAGUUAUAUAUAUAAGAAAUUUAUAUUACCACUGACACACAGGCAAAAGAAUAAAAUAAAACCACAUAAUUUUUCUAGUAUUAUAAUGGGGACUUAAUUUAACAAUUACAGUUGCUUUUACAAUAUAUUCAUUUUUUUCCAAGUUGGUACAUUUAAUAAAUACACCAAGUGCUAGAUAGUGCAGUGAUUUCCAAUGGGAAUCACCAUUAUCAUUGUAGGCCUAUAAUACAGGAUACACAAAAUUACUUGUCUGUUCGAUGCUAAUUACAAAAAGGUUUGGGCUAAUAUAAUUUAAACAGUGUGUUUGUUAAACUCUUGAACUUUUUAUAUACUUUCUAUGUGUAUCAUAUCCAACUGUAUUUGUAUUCUGUGUAUACUUUGCAUACAUAUUAUAUAUAUGCCUAGAGUGGGUAAUGUCAGUAGGAGAGUUGGCGUAAAAGACUGUAUUUUUGUUAACGCUAAUGUAAUGUAAUUUACCCUAAAACACCUGGACAGCGGGUGGUUUGCUAGAGACUGUUGCCAGUGGGUGGUUGGAUUGCAAUUGCCAUCGGGCAUUAUUCGAUGACUGUGAUGGGAGCUUUCCCACCAAUCACCAGGAAGUUACAUCUUUUUCCACCCUUGUUUGUUGUUCUAUUAAAAAGGGAAUUCAAGCUAGCACUGGAUUCAGACAUUUAAUUUUCAGUGUAGCUUCUCUGCCUCGCUACAUGCCAAGUUCCCUAACGUUGUGAAUUUCAAAAUAAAAUUACAGCUAUGAAUACCCUUGUGUAAUGACAUAUAUCACUUUAUUUGGCACGGUGCCUACCUCUUUGGAUAAUGGUUUUCCUUCUUAAAAUGCAUUAAAAAGAAAAGCAAUAUUUAACAAACAUUAUUGCUUUGCUUGUUUCCAGACAAGGACAGAGAUGUUUGUUUAGAUUCACUUUACAAAAUUGAAAGCUGCAGCAAUUUUAGCCCCCAUUGCCGAUAGCAUGGGCAGAGUUUCCAAAGCCUAAUGUAACUGUGAUGGCCCCCUGGCUUACUGAUAAACUAAUAACAUUUAUUCAUAUAAGCAAUUUUCUCCUUAAGGGGUUAAGAGUUAUUGGCACCUGCUUUCUGGCCUAACUGAAUCAUGAUAGAUAAAAAUAUAUCAUCAUUAACAUACUUUGUGAUCUAGAUAUGACUUUGACACAGAUUAUUCAACAGCUUCAUUUUUCUGUUGUACUAGCACAUCUUAAACGGGAACUAUUAGAAGGCUGAACAAACUUUGCGUACAAACAUUUAUUUCCAAGUUUGAUGGUACACAGGUUAGUGUCGCUAUGUACUAUCAAGGGGGGUGUGCAGGUACUCGGCUCCUCCUUCUUUAAAGGGACACUGUAGUCACCAUAAUAACUAUAGCAUAAUGUGGUUGUUUUGGUGAGUAUAGUUUGUCCCUGCAGGCAUUUUGCUAGCAAAAAGACUGUUUACAUUACAGCCUAAGGACACCUUCAGUGGCCACUCCUCAGAUGGUACCUGGAGAUGCUUCCUGGGGAGGUGGUGCACAGUGUGCAACACUGACGUUCAGCAUCUCCACUCUCGGCAUGGAGAUACUGAACUUUCUGCGUAGACAUGCAUUGAUUAAAUGCAUCACUAUGACGAGAUGCUGACUGGCCAGGGUGGCGUUUGGCUCCACCCCCACACCUCCUUGUGAUCUUUGUGAUUGGCUGAGAUCACCACUGCUGAUGAUGUCAGCCAAGGAGACAGAUCGGGGUGGAGCCAGCGCCUGCAGACUGGAAUAAAGGUAGGAUAUAAGAGUGCCAGGGGGGCUAGAUGGUGUUUUUAACACUAUAGGGUCAGGAAUACAUGUUUAUAUUCCUGACCCUUUAGUGUUCCUUUAAUCUUGACUUUGCUCAUGUGGAAUAAUUUGGUCUACAACCGACAGUACUUUUCACAUUUGCCACAAAUGGGUUAUGACCAGUUAUUUAUAGCCUUUCUUUGCUCCAUCUCCCUUACACAUGCCAAUAAUUCUGCAUUGAAUUAGUGACACUUUGUUUGGGUGGUCUGUGAUGGUCUUUGUGUACCAAAUGUAUGGUCUGAAUGCCGAUUUUGAUUUGUUUAAUUUCUUGUAAUCCUUACUAUCUUUAUGGGUUUUGGCAUUCAACCUUUUUAUUUAAUUUAGUAUAUUUACAUAUAUAUAUAUAUAUUAUCCCUCUCUUAUAUAUCUAUACCUCUCCUUGGCUCAUUCACCUCCACUAGUAGUUUUAUCCAAUUGGUAUAUUUUUAAAUAUGCUCAGACUAUCUCCCCUUUUAAAAUGGGUUCAGGUUACCUCUCUCUUUUUUUAAAAUAAUGUUCACUGUCAUACGUAAUGUUUAAUGAUUGUUACUCUUUAUGUCUUUAUGGACCCUAUUAAGGAUUGUUUAAUAUCAAUUGGUAUUUUAAAUCCAGUUAGUCCAUUUAUACUAAUGCACCGUCUUAUUUCCCACACUUUGCCCUCAUUCAAUAUGUCUGAUGGAGCUCUUGGGACUUUUUGAUAUAUUUGUAAUGAGCUGCCAAUACGUCACUAUCUGCUGACAUGGUACAAAGGGCAGGGCUACACAAAGAUGGACAGACGCUACAACCCCAUGAAAUACUUCUUUGUAUACCUGCAGAUGCAAGACUACAUACACCAUGAACCUAUGCAAGGUAAUGAUUGCGAUGCGUCACUUCCGGGUGACGCGCACAACCAGGAAAUCCAUUAAACACACCGGAUCAUACUGAUUACCGAUAUACAGCCUAUAUAAACCAGAACAGGACAGGAUUAUCCACAGUUCUGAGGAAACCCAGCCAAGUGAAACGCGUUAAGUGUGGUACUGGAAGAUUUCAACUUAUUACAAUUGCUUUAUAUAUACAUAUUAAACCUGUUUACUAUAUAUUAAUAAAGUAUUUUCGUUUUUAUUUGAGUUCAUUUUUAUUAUUUUAACAUCUCAUACCUGUCAUCGUAUUUCCUGGUUCAUCCUGCAUAUCCCAGGUGGGGAUAAUACCACCAACGCAAGUCAUUGCUCU